AUGGCCUUCACGUUUGCUGCCUUUUGCUACAUGCUCUCCUUGGUCCUGUGUGCGGCCCUCAUCUUCUUCGCUAUUUGGCAUGUGAGUAGCUCUUUCCCGCAAAUCCUCCCCCUACACUCACUCUCUCUCUCUCUCUCACACACACACACACACGCACAAAUUCCACUUUCCACCAUUUCCAGCCACCUUACAUUCGAAACAAAUUCUUCCAUAGCUGUCAACUUUUCCCUUUUCUUGCGAGGAAUCCUAUUCGGAAUAAGGGAAUUUCCCUUUAAAAAAAGGGAAACGUUGACAGCUAUGAAUUCUUCCCCUCAAAGAAUUCAGGGCAUUGCCGUUUACCCUUCGCACAGUUUCAGUUCCCAGCAACCCUUAGCAAACUACCGAGCCCAGAGUUCUUCGAGGGACAAAAAUGUGCUGCAGAUGAGUUUUGAAGGUAUGCAAGCCUUAUUCUUGUUCCUCAUAGAUGGUUCGCUCUUGUGUCAACCUGGUGCCUUCCAACAUCUGGAAAUCCCAUCUCCCGUCAGCCCCGGCCAAUGUUGCCGACGGCCAGGGGCGAUGGAAGUUGUAGUCCAAAAAUUUCCAGAAGAAGGCUGGUUUGUGCAAGACAUACUUAUUCCUUCAUGACUGGAACAUCUGGGAGAGCAAAGGCUACAGCUUUUAACAUCAUCUUGUGGGCAAUGCUUUUCAAUGGAGACAACUGACACAUCCAGACUCUGGUUGUCAGGGGUGUACAGAAGUCCCUGCCCCCCAUGUCCAGUGACUGCAUGCAAGGGAUAGUGGAAUUACACAGGCUAGCUGCAUCCCCAAAUGCAGUGCGGUUCCCAAGCAUGUCCCCCACCCCCAGACCACUUGAACAUUGGUGAUGGUCUUGGUGGACCACUUAAUGAUUUUUCUGCCUGCUGUAGCAGUUGUAAUGUGCUAUGCUAGAUACUGCAUGAUAUACAAUAUAAGAAAUAAAAGAAGCAAUUAAGAUACAAUUAAAGUCAAUGUGAAUAUUUAAUGCAGACAUGCCAUGGACCACCUGAAUGAUGCUCACAGACCACUGGGUCCAGAUCCAGGAAAAAGGCGGAAUAUAAAUAAAUAUAGUAAUAACCCUUGCCCUAAUGGGUGUUCAUUGAGUCUGUAUGAAGGCGACUUGCAUUUGCACAGAUAUAUGCCCAUAGAUAUCAUAUGUGAAUGGGAAUCCUGGCCAGUUACAAUUCCGAUUUGUACGGAGAGGACCUGUAUGUAUAUGCACGACCUUCACACUGGCGCUAGAAGUACGGCUGACAGGGAAUGUGGCAAAUGUGUGUCAGUGUAACUACCAGGUGUAACCUUGUUGCACCCCACCUUCAUUAUUUGAAUCUGAACACUUAUUGUCACUAAUCAGGUGUAGACAAAUUAAGUGAUCUUAUUUGUGAACGACACAUUUAUCAGGUUUAUUUUCAGCCCCUGCCUCAUGAGUUUGGCUUUUCCCAGUGGCUAAAAAGUUGGAUACUUUGCCAGACGAGUUACUCAGCUACUUGGUAGAAAGUCAGGAGCAGUCCACAAAAUAUGUCACACAUUUGAAAGGAGGUGUGUGGAGGGAAGGUCGGGGAAACAAACUUGUCAGAUUGCCUUACUGAUAGGAUUUUAUGAUGAUCAAGUCAGGAGAGCCAUUGUGGUGUAGUUAGGGACUAGGACUGUGGAGAUCUGGUUCGAAUCUCCACCAAGCCAUGAAGUUCACUAGGUGACCUUGGGCAAUCCACUAUCUCUCAGCCUAUCGUAUAUGUGAUGAUAAUAUGGGGAAAAGAAGAGAGCUGCAUAUGUUAUCCUUGUUCCUUGGAAGAAGGGUCAGAUAUGAACGUAGCAAAUAAUAAAGGCUACAUUCCUCCUCCUUGAAAUUUCCACCCACAACAUGGGCUUUCUUCUUGUUGUACUUAGCAUCAGAUACUAGUAGCAAUCUUCACUUGAUAUCACCUGCAGCUCCAUCUCUGUGCCAGAGUGUGCUAUAGUCAAAUGGAUACGCUAGACAAGAUUCAGAAAAACUAGACAUAAGUGUUCAAUGGGUAACAAAAUAAAAUUAGACAAGGUAUGUUUUGUUCAGACUGGUUUUCAGCCUGCUCCUCCAUCUGGAAAACCAUCUUUUUAUAUAGCUGAUUCAUGGGAAGUUACCGGUAAAUUAGAUUUUUAAAAAAUGUUUUGGGAAAUAGUUAUCUUUAUCAAGCAGAUUCACUCGGAUAAGUACCACCUUCUCAAAUCCAGGGGUGGGGAUGCAUAAUAUUUCCUGAAUGUAAGGACCCAAAUUUGUUAGGGUGCUUGUUUUGACAACCAGGACAUCAAAAACCCUUAUCCACUAUCUGAAAACAUAGCUAUGUACAUAUUCAAAACAUGUUGUUCUUGAUUGUCAGGUAAUCAGAAAUUUGCUCUUGGGAAUCUUCUACCUGAAAGCACAGAUGCAUAGAUGCCACCUUUUGAUGGGAUGCUGUUCUUGAGGUCCAGGCCUUCAGAAUAUCCUCUUGCCUAUAAGGGAUGAAGUAGAUGAGUCCUUGGAGAUCCAUAAUUGCAUCUCUUGUCUCUUUUAAUUUGUUUCAACAGCAGCCCUAAUGAGGGAAGUAUCAGCUGGAGGGGGGAAAUUUAGAUGAGCAAAAUGAUGGGCAGGAGGAUUAAGUCCCAUCCCUCAACACUGUCAUCCUGAUCUAAUCCCCCCUGGCUUCUUUUGGAAUAAAUUAAAAAGAGAUGGAAGAUCGAAUCACAGAACUCUAAAGUCUUGUCAGGUUGGGUCCUCAGAGUCUGUUAUCUAAAGACACAGGUAUCAACAUUUGAUGGAAGUACUGUUUUUGAUUGGUCACCAGAAAUUCUUGCCCAUCAGAAUCUCCUAUCUAAACAGCUAUCUAUUUAUCAUAAAUAAGAUGAGAUGCUUUUUAAAAAUAGCACUUCUAAAUAUAUAUUUCUCUCAAUACACUUAGUACAUUAGUCACUCAUACAGAGCUCUACAGGUUUGGCUGGCAUUGGUAGCCAAAGAUGUGGCUGUUAAGCCCUUACCCUCCCCUGGUCAUUAACCUUGCAUUGUACCUCUUAAAGGGCAGUCACCUGCUCCCCUCUGUUUGCACAGGAAAGAAUAGCCAGGUUGUUGACUUAGCUGCUUCACUGGCAACACAAAUCCCAAAGUUGCUUUUGUUAGCUACUUUGAACACACCUGCUUGAGAAGGAAAGUGUGGGUUAUAAAUGUUGCAAUGAAUGAAUGAAUAGAUAAAAUAAGUCCUCUGGCCUUCCUUCCUACCUUGAAGCUGGGGAGGGGGAUGGAAUCACUGCAUAUGUGUUGGGGUGAUCCCUGCCUACUCCUACAUCUCCAACGAAGGCUAUUGGCUUAUCCUGAUCAGCAGAGGAUGUCAUCACAUUCACCAUAGUGAAUGGAAGUCUGUCUCGUGAUUGCCUGGCACAUUGCUGUCAUUUGCAGUACUGAAUGAAUCAUUGAACAACAAAAAAAGAAAAGUAUGGUAAUAUCCAUUGGGGUUAAUAAAACAACAUGGACAAUGUUAUUUUAUUUAGUUAUUGGUCUGAAAUGUGACCCCACAAUGCCUCUCUAAUUGCACUGAUAUGGAUUGUAUGGUAGUUAUUUACUCAUGAGGCAAUCUGCACAUGGUCAGAUGGUGUUGAUAUUUCCACACAUGGUCAAGUGUUGUUCACAUUUACAGGAUUGUGCCACAGCAUUUAAGUAAGGUUCUGGUGCUACGCUUUGCUGAACCCUGGCUCAAGUGAAAUCUCUUUAUAUAUUCACGUGACUCAAUUUUAUGGGAAAUUCUGGUUCCAAGUGGCUUACGCGAAAAUGCUUCUCAUGGAGUUUAUGGAGUGAGAAAGUGCAUGUUUGUGUUAGUGAGGAAACCGUGGCAUUCCGUACUUGUUCUAGGUUUCUUUUAAUGGGGGUGCUCACUUAUUUUUCUGAUUUGGUAGAGGGCUGCUUGCUAUUUUCCUUCUUGUGUGCUAGAUUGGGGUAGAUAACAUAGGGCCCUUGACAUGUUGGACUGCACCCCUGCUAGUUGGUCAAGCUUGCUGGGGCUGAUGGGAGCUGAGUCCAGCAACAUCUGGAGGGCACCAUGCUAGCUGCCCCUGCCCUACACAGAGAACAUAUUGGUAGUUAGUUAAGUUUAAUACACUCUGCUUAGGACUUGUGUAUUCUUUCAUAUAAGAGUUUAUUGUGUCUUGGUUGUCAGACACUAUGCCCCAAGAAACCUGGGUACCUGUGUUAAGAGAAUUUUGACAAAGGUAGAAGAUUCUGAUAAGUAUGAGCUGUUGUUGGCUUGGUUGGCAAAAGCAGGACAAUCAAAUAUUGGUAUUCAUGUAGAAGAUUGACUAGUGUUUGUCUUUGACUCAACCUAGAGAAGAAUAUACUCAUAUUUUACAUUUUCAUGUAUUUUUAUUUACAUCAGUAAAUACAGAUAUAGUAGCUAUGCAAAGCUUUGGUGUCUGGGCUGGAUGAAGUAGUCCAUGCCUACUAGAUGCUGAAUGUACAUCUUUGUCGUUAUUAGAUAUCCACAGCAACAUGUGUCAGCGAAAUGACCAUAUCAUGCCAGACAGAAGUUUGCUGCUGCUGUGUGUCUUCUAUGUAUGGACUGCAUUCUAUGCCAUUAGGAACACUGCCUGUUAGGAGGAUUGUAUGUAUGAGAUAUAGAAUUGUAGAAAUGUAGAGUUGGAAGGGACUUCAAGUGUCAUCUAGCCCAAUUCCCUGCAAUGCAGGAAUCUCAACUAAAGCAUCUACGACAGAUGGCCAUCCAAACUCUGCUUAAAAACCUCCAAGGAAAGAGACUCCACCACCUCCCUAGGGAGUCCAUUCCACUGUCAAAUAGCUCUUACCGUCAGAAACUUCUUCCUGAUUCUGAGCCAGAAUCUCCUUUCUCAUAAGCUGAAGCCAUUGGUUUGGGUUCUACCCUCCAGAGCAGAAGAAAACAAGCUUGCUCCAUCUUCCAUGUGACAGCUCAUUAGAUAUUUGUUAUCAAGAAGUAAUUUCUCCCACACCCUAUGUCCAGGGAUUCCAGACUGCAGUGCAAAAGGGUCCAAGUUAGAACCAAAGCUCCAUACACACUACAGUUUUGGUGCUAUUCAACACCAUUACGGAAUUUCUCAAUAAAAUACUUCCUGACAAGUUUUUAGUGUUAUUCAGAUGUAAAAUAGCGCAUUACGUUCUGAUCAUCUUUUCCCCAAGUUGAGAUUUGUCUUGUCCACAUUUUCUAAAAUGCAUUGACACUGAUUUUCACGUAUCUUUCAGCACUUUCACCUUUAAAAGAUGAGGAUAUAAAAGACACACUUACACACCCACUUAAUCCCCCCCCCCCCAUCAAAGCAGCUCAGGGAAUUUGAAGGGCAAGAGAGCUCUGACUCCCUCAGCCACUGAGGUUUUCUUUGCAAUUAAGCAAGUAACUAUAACAACUGCCUGCUUGCAAAUGCCACCACAACAGUAUCUGUGGAGAUGAAAGCAGGAGGCAAAGGAAAAGAAGAGUCACUCAGCACCACGGAGAUAGACACCGGGGGUGGAGAAGCUGAAAGAGAACUGUAAGGCUAUGUCUCUGGAAGGCUGUGCUCUUACCACUAGGCACUCACCUGCCUUGAUCUCCACAUGUCCCUCUCUAAAACACUGUAUACAUUUAAAACAACAACAGUAACCCAAUGUGUGAGCUGAUCUCUCUUGCAAAAACAUAGAUCACCUUCAAAAACUGUUCUUUUUCAGAUUUGAUCAUCUGUUUAGUUAGGACUUGUUAAAAAGUUUUCGCAGGAAAUAUGAGAGGUGUGAAAUGGAAAACAAAUGUGCUACUUCCUAUCCAUAUUUGCAGUUGGAAUCAUUCUGGACUUCAUUCUGCAAGACCUCCGGUACCCUCUGCCCCUGCUUCUCACGUGGAGAGUUGUACAUAUCUCUGUGUAUGGCACUUGCUAAUACAAUGCACUAUUUUAAAAUACUUUUUAAAGGGGUCUUCUAGCCAAAGGGUUUUUUUGAGCACUGGGUGCACAGAUUCAAACUGCCUAAAUGUCCCAUAGCUGUCCCCAGCCCAAGAAGCAGAAAUGAUCAGGACCAGUGCAAGUUCAAUAGUCCAAAGAAUGCCUUUAGUGCAAAAGCCUUAGUUGGCACCUAUUUUUAAAGGUACCUCUUAUCUCCACAUCAAGGUUAACACCACCAUGUGAAAUCAGCCAUGGGGAAGCUGCUGAGGGGCACAGCUUCUUAGUUCUUAAUCAAUAGCAAAGAUGAAAGGAACUGAAAAUAUGAUUGCCUAAAUUGAUGCAACCAGAUUGAUCCUUUCAGUUUCUUUCUAUUGCCAAAUUUUCAAUUGUGUCUAGCUAACAAAAAUAUGUUUCAAAACGGAUUUUUAAAAAUCUCACAUGAGCUGCAAUUGAGCACAGUAAAGUAUGUUUUACUUCAGCUAAAGUGCACACCAUUCUUUUCAGUUCUCUGCUGACUUCUUAGAUAUUAAACUGUUUUUAAAGUAUGUUGCCAUGCAACUGUUUUCACUAGUGCUUUUCAGUGGUAGCUCAGAUAACCUCUUAACACAAAUAAUUUUUAAAUUGCUAUAUACUUUGAAACUCAUUGAGUCAAAUCUGUUUUGCAAUAAAGAAUAAAAGAGAAAAACCCUCUUCACUUUAACCAGGGUGUCUAUAGUACAAGCCAAUAUGGGGAGGAAGGAACAUAAUACAAUGCAUAAAACAUGCAUCUGAAGGAAUAAAAUUGUGGUUAUGGUAAAUGGUUAAUUAAAUGUGGGAGAACCAGUGCUGUGCUCUCUCUUGUUCUUCAGCAGUUGAGAAAUAAUGUGAAAAUGUAAUUGGCCUCAUUUUUUUAACCACUACCUCAUUUUGAAGAGAUAGCAGGCAAUUACAAAACUUUAAAAUACUUUUUUAAAAAAGAGCAAACACUUUGUGAUAUUAUCAAAGCUGGUGUAGUGUAAUGGCUAAGAGACUGAGCUAUGAGUUAGCAAGUCCCUGGUCUGAAUAUUGCUUCCGCCAUAAGCUCAUUAGGUGGCCUUAAGCAAACAGAAUGACCAUAAGCUUGGGAAGGGUCAUAGCUCAGUGGAAGAGCAUCUGUCUGGGAUGCAGAUGGCCCUGAGUUCAAUCCACAGCAUCUCCAGAUAGGUCUUGGAGAGGCCCCAGUCUAAAACCAUGGAGAGUCACUGCCAAUCAGUGUAGGCAGUCCUGAGCCAGAUGGAAUCUGUAGAAAAGAGCUUCCUACAUUCCUAAGACACUGUCUCUCAACUUCUACCCCCACCUGCAAUAUGUGUGAUAAUAAUGCUGAUUUACCAUUACUUACCAUACUUAAGGCAAGCAUUUAUAGGCUUACGUAUUGCUGUUGGUACACACAUUGCAUUGUUUGUAGGAUGUUUUAAGUGUGCAUCUAAAAUUUAAAGUGUGAAUGUUGCAAAUAUGUGAUUCAAGCAGGUAUGGCUAAGGCUGGGAGAGACUUGGGUUUGCCCCUGUGUGUAGUAUGUGCAUUGGCCCUAGCCGUUCCAGUUGACUCACAUCUAUUCUGCCAUAGUGAUGAGGGCAGCCAGGAUGGGAGCAACACAUGCCACAGCAGGAUGGGGAGGUAUAGUUUAGCAUGAUUAUAAGAGUCAUGGCAGAGGCUAGUUGAGAAUCAGAUAGACUCGCCAACAGCAAUCUAGCAUUUACCCAGGUUGCUGUCUUCCAUCCAAGACUCUCAUCAACCUCCCCACUACUCCUUUCUCUCACCAAGGAGUAACCCUAACCAUGAGACAGUUCAACCCCUGCAAGAGGCACUCUGAAAAACAACAACAAUCUUGGAGGAAGGAAACCUCAUCACAGUCCUGACACUCCUUGCCUUAGUGGUGCUAGUUUUUCAGUUCUUUGGCUGGAUUGCAGUCAUCACCACCAGCUGGUUUCUUCCUCCACAGUUCUGCUCCAGUAAGAUGACUCUCAGGGUUGGCAGGGUUAUCAAGGAGUGAGGAGGUGUUCUCCUCUCUCCCCACCAUCCCUUGCUGGGUGAGGCAUAACUUGAACAUCAUAAUAACCCUCUUAUUGAAUUUCCUCUGCAGUACUUCCUAAUUUGAUUUCAUUCCAUGUAUCCCAUCUUCUUCCAAAAUCUCUACUCAAGGUCCAUCUUCCACCUCUACUUGUUUCAGCAUCCUCUGUUGCAGAUAAUUGCUUUAUUUUGUUGUACAUAUUUCUGAUCCCUCUUGAUCAACCUGCUGACAUCCCCUUCCUCCUCUCACUAUCACCAUGAUUGACAUCUCCUUUGUCUUCUUCACUUUCACCUAUGUGACUCUUCUGCAUCACUUCCCUCCAUCUCUCAGAAAAGACUUUACCUAGAUUGUUUACAUGCAUUUUAGGAUGCCAUCAAAAUGUAUUGAUGGUUAUUUUCUAACUAUACAAAUUUAUUUUUUCCUGGGCUGCUAAAUAGUUAAUAAAUGUAUACCAAACAGAUAUAAAAAUAUUUUUCUGCCCAUUAGUAGCUCUUAACCUUUGUGUUAACCUUUGAUAUUAUUGAUCUAUAUUCAUUCAUUCAUUAAACCCUAUCACAGACCUUGCUGUUGCAGUUAAACGGCUUAAUAGUUCUUUAUACUUUGAAUCUAAGUCAAGACCUAUAUAUAAAUUUCAAAGUGCCAGCUGUGGAGAGGGGUAGACCCAUGGACCCAUGAUGGAGGUUGCUUCCUGGAACACUUGCACCCAAAAAACCUGUACUUGGAGACAUGUUCACCACAUGUGUACAUAAGUCCCAAUCGACUGGCAUUCCUGCCAACAUGCAGGAGACAUCCUGGGGUGCAAUACAGUCAUUUUCCUCAGGGUAAGAGGGUAAGUUGAUACACCACUUGUGUAUCAACUUUAGGGAUUGCUCCUUCACUUUAGCAGAUACAGAUUUAUAUGGUUCCAUUGAGUUCCAGUUCUAUGUAUAUCAACUGCAAUAUCUAAUUCUUUUCCCUUUAGACUUCUUAAGAAAUCUUUAGAGCCUGUUACUGAUUCCAAGACCUACCUAUAAAUGCUGGAGAUCAGACCCCUAGUUAAACCAGAGCACUCCAUAUUUCUCUUCCAAACUCUCUUAAUUGUCUGGUAGCAGCCUCCUUCGCUGCUGGUUUUGAUAAUAAAAAAACCUCCAGCGAAUCUGAGCUCAGAACAACCAGGUAGGGCAAACUGGAUCCAAUCACCUCUUCAAUAUAUCAACAGUGAGCAGUCUGGGUUUGACCGAGCAGUUCUGACAAAAAACCAUUCUGUGUGGUGUAUGUGGUACAUCUUCAGUGUUGGCAAUCUUUUUGCCUUCUCUUGGCAUUUUGCAGUAAAGUAUCAGGACUGUGGAAUGUUGUAGUUAGUGUUAGGAUAUUUCCGUUCCACCUUAAAAGGGAGCAGGCUUUGUGAGGCAGAGUCUGCGUAUUUCCUGUUUCCACAGGAUGUUUAUGUUUUCUAUUUCUUUCGUUUUCUCUCUGUGUCGUAGACACUAAAGCAGGCAGUCAUGUUUUUCUGUGUUCUGAUCAACGCUGAAUAAACUUGUAAAUAAUGCUCUCCUGAGUGCGACUUCUGCUGUGCAUUAUCUGCUGAUAAAGAGUGUGCAUCGGCUCUAGAAUAUUCUGGAGCUCAUGUCGCUAAUUGCUGAUACUGCGUGUCUACGGGAGAUCGAUGGAUCCUCCAGCAGCCGGCUUGGGGGCCAUGAUGGACUUUGUCUCCUGGCAGUAUCCCAACAGUUAGAUCAAGGGGGACGGCUUCUCUGGCUUUGUGUAUGGUUUUUUUUACAGGAAUUACAUUGUCUAUUUGUAUCUUGCUUUUCCUCCCAGGAGCUCAAGGUUGUGUACAUUAUCACCCCCUCCCCAUUUUCAUCUUUGUAACAGCCCUGUGAGGUAGGCUAGACUAAGUUUAUAUGUGUACAUAAGCAACAGUUCUUGCAAAUAGAUUACAGGGUGUGUGUGUACUGGGCCCCCAAUCCACAUAUAGUGUACCAGCCCCAGGAGAUCCACUGCUUAUCCCUUAAAGAAGACCCAGAAGGAUACCAUGAGAUGUCCAGGAGAACCAGCAGGGAUGCAGUCCUCCUGUCUAUUUCCCAGCUCGGGCAUCUUUUCCCAACCUGGUGCCCUCCAGAUGUUUGGGAUUAUAACUCCCAUCAUCCCUGACCAUUUGACAUGUUUGCUGGGGCUGAUGAGAAAGGUGUAGUCCAAACAUCUGGAGAGCAUCAGGUUGGGAAAGGUUGCACCAGGGCAAGCAAACCAGUUUCUGUUCCAAAAUCAGGCCAAAAGUUAUUCUGGAAGAGAUCUAAAUAAUCAGUUUAACCCAAAACCACUGGAGGUGUGCUGCCACAACCCAUUUGAAUACGUUGCCUAAAAAGGGAUGUUAAAUACUGGGCAAUAGUUAUUCAGAUCAGAAGGGUCCAAAUAUGCUUUUUCAGCAUAGGACAUUUCACCACCUCUUUCAACACCAGGAGUACAAAACUUCCUUAGGGAAGCAUUUACUGGAGGUAUGCAUCAGCUCUGUGUAUGAGCUGAAUAAUUAGGCAAAUCAAGGUGUUUCCUCUCCCUCCUCCAAGUCAAAGUAUGAUGCCCCCAUCAUAGUCAGGUCAGGGGCCCCACAAAGCCACAACAAGCUCGGAUUCUGUACAGGAACAGCUCUGUGUUUACUCCCAUAGGCCUCACAAUGUCCAGAAAAUUGUGUGGGGAGUUCUAAAGAGCUGGGUUUGGGUUUUGUUAAAGCAGAGCAACAUAAGAUGCUAAAAACAAACUUAAAUGAAGUUUUAAACUUUUUUAUUUAUUUGAACAAACCUUCCACUGCUUUGCUUCAACAACAAUUCAGAGCUCUUCAGUCCUCUGGAGGCAACAUUUUUGACACCCUGAUUUCUUGCAAAAGCCAUGGAUCCAAAGAUACAGAAAUGACACAAGGCUUCAUGGGGGCCCUGAUCUGACUUGGAGGGAUUUAUUAACAUUGUGGUUGAACUCUGAAGAGGGGGAAGACCCCUGAGUCAUCCCAAGUUGCCUCAUUUUUUGGCCCCUACACAGAGCCAAUGCACACUCCUAGUAUCUUUACCAACUUUCUAGCUUACUACACCUCCCUACUUUGGCACUAUUGUUCUGCAAAUAAUCGUUAGUACUUAGCAGGCAGAAGCCUUUUAAUCAUUUGAACAACAACUUCAGCUAGCGCAACUCAUUUCAAAAUAUGGAGGACUGAUUAAAAAUCAUUAAUUGGUUCUCUUUUAGAUCAGCUAUGCAGUACAGCCACAAAGGCCUGGUGAAGUUACCAUGGGUCUAAGCGAUCCUUCCGUUUCACGUGCUGAUUCAGUGGCAUAUAUGGGUUUUGAUAAUAAUAGCCAUUAAAACCACCAAGAAUUAAUUGUGUUCUGUAAGUGGAAGAACACAGGAGCAUAUCACUCCCACACAAAUUUCCGCUACCUUUAAAAAUUGCAAAGUGGGAGAGGAAAAUGUUAAUCCUUAAAAACCUGUAUUCUUACAACCAGAAAAUAAAUUCACAGUUAAUUGGAUUUAUAAUUUGCUCCCCCACCUGUUGUGCCUAGACAGUGUGGGGGCAGAGAGAUCUUUUUUCAAAGAGUAAUCAAGGCUGCACCACAUGUACUGCUGUAUCUGUAGCUGUAAUUGGAAGAUCUUAGAUUUGUAGGGUCUUUUCUGCCCUCCAGAAAAUGAGGUCCUGGUGGAUAUUUCUUGGGAGGCUGAGUGAGAGCAUUGUAAGCAGCAACAUCAAAAAGGACCACUCUCAUGUUUAGCUUGUGGCCUACUAAAACCUCCCAAUCUAUUUCACAUUUAGCCAUCCUGAAUUUGCACAUCUGGAUCUUCUUACGUAAAUGAGGGCUUUACAUUUGUCUCAGUUGACAUUUGCUUUUUUAGUUUUGACCCAGUUCUACAUUUUGUCAUGAUGAUCUAGAACAGGGGCUGCCCAACUUUUCAUACCAAGUGGGCCGCAAGAGUACUUCACCACAGAACCCAUAGGGGUUGCACGAACACUGCUUUGUUGUGCAAGGGAGGGGGGGAGUGAAGCCAAAAUUUUAUGUCCUUGCAUCCCUCGCACUGCCUUCCCAAAGCCAGCUAAGUGAGCCCCUGGGCUUUGGGAAGGAGGUGUGAGAAUCUUAGAGCCCUCACACCUCCUUCCUAAAGCUGGGAAAGGUCCAACAAGGCUUUGGGGAUGAGGCGGGAGGACUCUAGGACCCUGCCAGAGCCCUCACACCUCCUUCCAGAGCCUCAUUUAGCCAGCUUUGGGAAGGCAGCACAAGGGCAGGGUGUGUGUGCAUCAAAUGUUGUUGAGGGCUGCCAAAAAAGGCCUUGAGGGCCACAUGCGGCCCUCGUGCCAUGAGUUGGACCACCCUGAUCUAGAAUCUCCCCCCCCCCCGUCUUCUAACUUAUUAGCUGUGUCACCACUUCGGUGCCACCUGCAAAUUUGAUAAGCACCUUCUCUACUCCUUUUUCCAAGACAAGUUGUACAGAUAAUAAAGAACACUGGGCCUUGACAGAGUCCUGCGUCAUCCCACUUAUCACUUCCUUCCAGCUGUUGAUUAGCAUUCCUUGAGUACAGUCGUCCAUCCCCCAGAUAUAAAUUCACCUUAGAAUACUGUUGCAUAGCCCAUAUUGACAGCCUGAAAGAAAGUAAAACUCAUUAAAAAGAAGUCUCUUAUUAAUGGCCAGGCCAUGGUCUGAAGCAGUAGUGUUUAGAAGGGUGGCACAGAGAAAGUGGGGUUGCUCACCUGCCUUCCUGACUGUAAGGGGUGAGGUGUAGGGUUCUCUUUGUGAUGUGUUCUUUAUUUGCCUGCACCACACUGAGCUCCCCAUGUCUCACCACUCCCUCUCAGGAACCAACAGCAACACCCAGGGCUUGUCCACACUUGUGCUUCCCUCCUGUUUUCUAGCCACAGGUCUGAGAGGCUUUUCAUUUACUCUGCCACUUUCUCCAGGAAAACCUGCCGUUUACUGCUGAAUUGGAACAAACAUCAAUCUACAGAAAACCAAAUUGACAUUCAAUAUGAUUCAGUGGGUUUUCCUGGGAAAAGAAGCAGGACAACUGAAAAAUCCCUUGGAUCUGUGCCUAGAAUGCAAGGGAGAAGCACAAGUGUGGAAGAGCCCCCAAUGAAGGUAAGUGAACAAGCACACUGUGCUGGUCCCGAAGGUUAACCGUGCGGCAUGGUCCGAGUCCAGUCCGAGGUAGAGGGUGCGGUAUGGAGGCUGUCUGUCAAAGCUGAAGCUGGGUCCAAGGCAGGGAGUCGGGUGAGGUCAGGACUCUGGCAGAAGAGCAGGACAGGGUGCAGGCUGGAACAGGCUACCAACAAUGUUGCUCCCGCAACCUGGGACUGGGGCUGGCUGGCUUUUAUCUGCCCCGAGGCAUAGGGCGGCCCUGGUCCACAGGUGACUCGCCUCUCCUGGCCUGGAGGCGAGCACUCCUCCUGCGGGAACUUAGUUCCCCCCGCCUCUCUGCCCUGAGCCUCUGGAGUUCAGCAGAGGCUGGAGGGUUACCGGACCCAGAGGCAACCUCAGCUUCCCCUUACGGGACUGAGAGUGGAGCACCUGCAGGCAAUGGGUCCUCCAUCACCUCAGGAGCCAGAGCAGACUCAGCUGGUGUUCACCUGAGGAUCCAGCACAGGUGAGGACCCUUCAGGCUCAAGCCCCAGCCCCGGCUCAGCUGGUUCUGGAGGCGGGGACUCCUGUGCAGGCUGGGAUUCCUCAGGUUCAGCCUCCAAGUCCGAACCCCAGGCCAUCACACACACACUGUCUUUUGUUUUAGGAUAAUUGCUGCUGAGAUAAAAAUUUCUGAAUCUCAAGUUGUGCAUGUCCAAAUCUCUGCAAAGUUAUGCUUUCCUAAUCUAAACAAACAACUAACCUUAAUCCAGAGAUAAUUAGGAAAGCAACAACCAACAAUCUGGUAAAUAGAAACUGUUGGUAGGUUGCAGCCCCUGCUGUGUCUGUAGAGACUGAUAUGGGAGAGACAUGUUUUGUUGCAGCUGGGGCACCUGGAGGCAUCUGGUGCUGGUGCUGCAGAUGCACCAUGGCGUAUCUUCUCUCUCUGCUCCUCCAGCAGCCAUUCCUCCUCUGGUCACUGCUAUAGAUGCACAACCUGACUGACUGUCUCCAAAGGCCCAUUCCUCCAUUGUUUCCUGAGACAGAUGGAUGCCAACCAAAUAGAAAGCAAUAUUAAUUACCCACAGAGGAUAAUUUGCUGAAGAAAAGUACGCCAAUAUGCUUUUUUUAUGAUUGAGACAGCAGUUGACUGUUGGAGGAACUAAAAUUGUUCUAAAAUUUUAUUUGUCUGGGAUUUUAUGGGCAUAAUUUUGUUUGUUGGUGUUAAGAUUGCAAUGGUGAAAUGACCUAAAAUAAAUAUUUACAUUACAUAUUAAUUACACUAUUUUUUUCUUAAAAUAGACUAUGUCAUUCCUGAUAAUAAAAUUUAUUUUUUUUAUUUUGCCACAAAAUUAAAACAAGGAGCAGUAUUAAAAUCUGACCAGGAUUUGGUGAUGAUGGGGGAGCCAAAUAACUUUGGUCCAAUUGAUUUUAGUGAUUUUUGUCACUAUUGAACAGGCUGGAUGCAUAUACAGUGGUACCUUGGUUCUCGAACUUGAUCCGUUGCGGGAGUCCAUUCAACUCUUGAAACCGUUCAAAAACCAAGGCACGGCUUCCGAUUGACUUCAGGAGCUUCCUGCAGUCAAGUGGAAGCUGCGUUGGACAUUCAGCUUCCAAAAAACGUUCGUAAAUCGGAACACUUACUUCCGGGUUUGCGGUGUUUGGGAGCCAAAACAUACGAGUACCAAGGUGUUUCAGAACCAAGGUAUGACUGCAUGUCAUUUUCCUACACAGAGAUCUUUGUGAGUCGAGGAUCCGCCACCCGCUAGGGAUAAAUAAGACACAAGGACACUUGUAUUUUAGGUAAAUGGGCUAAAGAAGGCCACAACUUUAUUGGUUACAGCAUGUGAGUGGUAUUGGCUUAGGCAUUGGAUCAAACAAUCUAUAAAUAAAUACAUAAGCACUGAAAUUCUCAUGUGAAGUCCAGCAUAACCUCCAUAGUGCAACCAUUGUACUUUACAUGUUAUAAUAAGCACAUGUUUUCUUAUUAGCUCUGCCUAAGAAUCAGUAACCAUAUCCAUAAGAGUAGCUGUGUUACAGUGCCUUAUCCUGUACAUGUUUGCUCAGCAGCAACUUCCAUCAGAUAUAGUAGGUAUAGGAUUUCAGCCUUAUUUUGCAGGCUAAAACAAAGACCCUAGUGGCACCUUAAAGACUUAACAAAUUUAUUACUAAGAAACUUUUGUGGUUCACCUUGGAAGCAUCUUUUAACAUAAGCCGGUUACCAUCAUCUGCUCACAAGCAGUUCCAGAUGUUCCAAAUGUCUUUGUAUCUUCAUCACCACCGAAGCAUGAAUUUUCCUGUGGAGUCUCAUGUGCUCUUUUAUUGCAGAGAACUUGUGUAAUGUGACUUGAACACCAGCCAGCACUUCUUCUUCUUUUGGAGUGUUUGUGGUCUUGAACACAGUGAAAAUGUGCUAACUUCUAGAUUGCUUACCCUCAAAAAGUUACUUAAAAAAAUAAUAGAUAGAUAUUUAAUACGCAUGGCAGAUUUACUUGCAGUAAGAUUUUCAGUCUAUAGGGUUGUGUAGGGUGCAUUUGUUUGCAAGCAAGGCACCAGCUUGUCAUUUGUCCCUUGUUGUUCUUCUCAGUUAUUAUUGUAUUUCGUUUUAUAUUUGAAUGAGUGUGCAGUGUGAGGGGCGGCAUGCAAGAGGAGUGACAAUAAGUAAGCCAACUCUUAAGUCUGGUGUACUUUCCCUCUGUUCUUGGGAUGCGUUGGAAGAAACAGAAGGGCUUUGGAUCCGGAGAGUCCUAAGCUGUCCAUCAUCUACCCUGCUAAAUGCCCUUUUCACCAUUGCCACUAUUGGAACACCAGCAACAGUGCAGGGAAUGUGAGGAAUAGAGAGGUUUCCGAGGGUGGAUCUCCUUUUGCACCCGCAGGCCCCAGUAGGUAGGGACUGAAAUCUUACAACAUUGAGGCCAUAGUGUUGCAUCUUAACUAAAUCAUACAAAGUUUGCUCAUAUUCGAGGCUUUCUCUGAAUGGGAAAAUUAUGACUAAAUUGGCACUCAGUCUGUAUAAGCUCUAUUUUGAGUCUAUAGCAUAACUUGGAACAGCUUGCCCUUCAGGAUUCUUUGAUAAUGGAUGUGAUAUACAAGUGGGCGCCUUGUGACUUUGUUUCCUUUGGACUAAGCUGUUUGGAUCCUGUGAAGUUAAAUUUCCUCCUAUCCAUUUUAAAUGUCAAACUUCUCUUGCGUUGUGAGUCAGCCGGUAAAGAUUUGAAUGUUAACUUCCCAGGCAUUGUUCUAACUCCGCAAUCAUAUGGUAUCCAGUUAAGAACGCCGACUAAUAAGUAGUAGAGGACCACACUCCGCAACGAAUGCCACUGCCUGCUAUAUUUUUCCCCAGCUUAAUGAAAUUUUAAAGCCCAUUUAGUACUUGCAGAAAGUGCCAGAUUGUCAGCUGUGAAGACUAAAGUCCUUUGCAUGCCCGUAAAAUGGAUUCAGAUGGGCAGCAGUGGAACGUGAUUACUUGCCUAUAUCUGCUUCAACCUUGAAUUGUCCUUAGUAUGACCCAGUAAUUGAGGGUGGGAGCACAGUUGGGGGAGCAAUAAAUCCCAGUUUGUGUCACAUUCAAAGCCAAGCUGUCACCUUUAUGCACAUCUUUAUUUGGUGCUUUGGUAAAGAACUGAAUAAGCAGGCUGAGUCAGGGCAGGACAACCUUUUUCACCCUGAGGACCACAUGUGGUGGUGGGUAGACAGUUGGGGGCUGCAGUGAGUCCUAGACUAGGAGUGAGUGGAACUAUUCACACACACACUCAUUCCCUGGGGAGGGAAUGAUUAAUCUAGUUAUGGUAACCUGAAAAGCCCGUUGUCAUUUCUGGCAAGUUCAUCUUGGCUAUCAACCGACAAAGUCUUCAACAUCAGCUACACCUGGAAUCCGAAUAAUUUAUUUGCAGGGAAUAAAGAGGAGAAGGGGAAGGGGAAAUAACUACAAUGUGCUUGGAAAAGCCUGUGGAGUGUGCUAAACAGAGGUUAUUUUCAUAUUUUUUCAGAAAAUGCACACACUCUUCUUUCUUGUUCCUUUUCACCAGGGGAGAAUGUACUACUGGGGUCUUCAGUAGGAGUGGGAGGCUUUGGGUGCUAAUCUAUGGCAACCAUAUUUUAGCAGCUACAGUGGAACCUCGGAUUACGUACCAUCCUCCUUACAAACGCUUCGGGUAACGAGCUCCACUAACCUGGAAGUAGAUGCUCCUGGUUGUGAACUUUGCCCCGGGAUGCGAGCAGAAGUUGUGCGGCGGCGGCAGCAGCAGCGGGAGGCCCCAUUAGCAAAAGCAUGCCUCAUGUUAAGAACGGUUUCAGGUUAAGAACCGACCUUCGGAACAAAUUAAGCUCAUAACUGGAGGUACCACUGACCUUUGCCUUGUUACUCCUGCAACCACUGCUGUGAGUGCAACUCACUUCUCCCCUUCUUAACUCAAAGGAAAGAGGGGCAACCCUGUGCACAACACAUUGGGUUCGCCAGUUUUGUGUAAGCUGCUCAUGGUGAAACAAGUGCAUCAAUAGCUGGCUUGUCCUUUAUCUCUAGUCUCAUAGCGGCGUUGUUGGAUUAUUGAAAGAGAAAGAGGUAGGAGAGCCUUCUGAAGUGGUUCUGUCCUGGAGGGGCUGUACUAUGUGAUAUUUCUGAGUAAGUGACAGACAAAGGCAUAUCAUGCUAGUACAGUAUCCGUUUUUCUUUUCUUUUUUUAAACAAGCAUUUUGACUCUGGCACUGUAAGUGAUAGGACAUUUAGGUAGAGCAGACAAGCUAAUCACUGUACAGGAGAUAUUCUUAGGCAUUUGACAGAAUAAAAGAUUUAAUCAAGCUGCAUUAAGCAAGCUAGCCACUUGACAGAGUGUAGGGCAAGCUACCAUCACGUUACAUAGCAUUUUUGAAAUAUUAAAUUCAAAGAUGCUGCUUCCUCUAAAAAGGAAAAAGCCGUUUUGUAUCACAGCAGCACAAAGCUUUAUCAUGAGGGAGUGGGCAACAAAAUUCAAAUAUAGAGGAAACUGCCGGAAAAAAGCUGUUUUAUCUCAGAAGCACAAAGCUGUGUAAUAAGGAGAGUAGGCAACAAAAUUGGCCCAUGCCUGGAGAUAACUGUGGCUCUCUUGCUUAUACAUAUCCUGAGAUUUUUGCUUUUUCCUGUUGAACAAAGUCCCCCUCUUCCCCCAAUUCUUCUGCUUUCCCAUCUGUUACUCUUUGCUUAAAGUUACACUGUGAAUGUCCUUUAUUUUCCUGGUUUCCCAGCUUUCUAUAGAUUGGUUAUUGCUAGUGUUUCAGCCAUGCAGAAGGUUCUUCAUCGCAUCCUGUUGAGAAAUGUAACCACGGCUUAUUUGCUUCUUCUUCCUUGAAAUAUGCCUACCUGGCAUGUAAAGCGAAUUUGUGUCUAUAACAGAAAAACGACGAUAUUAAACAGGGACAUAUUGGGUGUAGGUGGGACAGUUGCAAAGGAUCUGAACUAUAUAGAGAAAAGACUAUUGGGAAAGAAAGUUUGAUUCCACUCCAGCAGGGCCAUUAACCAGUUUCUUUACGCAGAGAAGAUGAAGACAAUUGCUCCAAUCCAGAAGGGAGAUCUGCCUACAGAUGCCAAGCGCACAUAUGGGUGUGUGCGCACCUUUCUACUUCAUGAUAUCUGCCAGGGGACAAUUGAACUGGCUGGAUACGGCUGUUGAUGUGGAUCCCCACAUUAACAUGUGAUGAUUUGCCAUGACUAGAGGUGGAUGGGGUCCAGUACAUUGGAACCAGGAAAGACUGGAGACAUACAAUAGUUUUUAAGAGCUGGAAGUGAUUUGAGAGACCUUCCCUUCCAGUGCUGUACAUGUGCACUUCUUUUGUCCCACUGUUGCCUCUGGCAGGGUUUGCUAGUUUAAAGACCAAUGCCAAGCCCCGGCAAGGGCUGUUUGUCAGGGGUAGGGUUGCCAUACGUCCAGAAUUUCCUGGACAUAGCCGGGAUUCGGCUUUCGGAUUCGGCUUUUUCAAAAACCCAACCAAACAAAACAAAACAAAAAAACCUACAACUUUUCUGUCCAGAUUUUCACUUUUUGAAAUAUGGCAACCCUAGUCAGAGACAAAAAUGAGAUGAGUGCAGUGUUUUCUUUUUCAAACUGCUGGAAGUUCUCUGGAGGAUGAGGUGGGGGGGGGGGACCCUGCUGAACUAUUAUGUUGUCCAGCCUAUGUUUUACAUUUGAAUUACAGAUACGUAAUUCAAUUGUGAAAACCAUCUAGAAUAAACUAAAUUCAAGCAAAUGGAUACAACAGGAGAGUGCUUUUAAUAUACAGUAUACUGUACAUAUUAAAAACAACCCUUCCCUUCUAUAAAAAAACUAGAAGUCCUGAAAUCCUGAAAUUUAAUUAAUUAAUAAAAAUACAGCAGCAAACAUUCUCUGGUUGUGAUCCAGCGAUUCAGUCCUGUGCACAUAAGUAAUGAUGGUAGCCCCCCCCUUCCAUUUAAUUUGAAAAUAGGUCACCAAUUACCAGUAUUUUUAGACAACUCUUGGAGGAAAAAAUAUGAUUUUUUUCCCUUUGGGAAUUCUAAAGUGACUGGUAAUGUUGGUUGUGCUAGGCUAUAUUAAGGUUUUUUGUGGGGUUUUAAAAAAAAAUCUCAUCUAUUUUUAGUUUUAUGUCUUAGACACUAAUUGCUCCUUACCCAAAAUUCAGCAAAUGCUCCCAAGAGGGACUAGGAGCCCAAUGUUGCCCCGAGGUCUUUGGAGAGAAGCUGGGCAGCCCUGAAGCUUGCUUAAGCCAUCUGUGGGGAGCUUCCUAACUGAAGUAGCCAAUAGUAGAGGCAAAGGCUUUCAUUUUAGAAUCUGAAAUGCCUUCAUGUUCUCUUUAGCAUAUAGUGAGCCAUUAGAGAAAAACACUUUUGUGCUAGUUGCCUCAGUGUUCAUUGCAAAUUACAAGUCAGAAUCCUCUCCUAUAAGCAGAACUCCACCUGCCGAUACUUCAUGCGCUUAAAGCAGGAAAUAGAGGGAGGAAACACCAGGCAAUUUGAGCACCAGGCAAUUGUGGGAUAAGAAGAGCUGAAUCUAACAAUUGCUGGUGCAUUACUCAGAACUGGGACUUGCUACUACCACAACAUUUUGUGUGGGACUUAAUGCCAUGGCAUUUGUUUUGUAUGUAUUGUGGACUCGGCAAACACAGUUGCAUUUACAUCUUGCCUUUGCUCCAAGGAGCUCAAGGUGAAGUACGUAAUCUCCCCAGUUUCUGUCCCCACAACCACCCUGUGUAGUCGGUUAGACAGAGAGGCUGUUUGGAUAUCAGAAUCAGAGUCCAGCUAAAGCCAGAUCAUGCUUAGACGUAGGAAUGGGAUUCUUCUCCACCAUUCCCGUCAGGGACUGGCAGGGCUCUGAGGAGUGGGUGCAAGAGGUAACAGGGCCAGAGGCUAAUCCGGGGGAAGCAGGUAGCCAUUUAUGGGGUUUUGUGCUUCCCUCGGGGCAGGAGCCAGAGCUGGAAGAUGAGGAGGGGUCUGAGCAGUCAGUGGAGAAAGGGCAGGACAUUCCAGGAGCUGAGGGAAAGACAGUGCCUGAAGGGAUGGGGCCCUCUGUCCCCUUCCUCACUGUCAUCCAAGACCAGGAGGGGCUUGAAGAGGCAGGCACAGUGACAACUUCCAUGCCGAAGUCACAGGUUGCUUGAGCUUGUGCUGUCAGAUGAGGGCACUUAAUUUUGGGGGGUGUAGGCACUGUCAUCCUGUUGCUUAUAGGAACACAAGCCCAAGGACGGCUACUAGCUCCUCAGCUACCAGAAGCACGUGUGUGCAUGUUUAGUGUGCCUCAAGAGCUACUGUAAGUUUGUGCAUGUUAAGAAAACAUUAAACUACCUGUUCAUCCUGCUUCUAUUUCUUGAUUGUACAGCUGUGCCAAUGGAUUGUUCUGCCAUUGUAUCUGGGAUGUCAAGGCAGUAGUGUAUUGGGGCUGCUGGUGUGUUGGGGCUUUUGUGAAAUCCUAUAGCCCUCAGUUGACAUCAGUUUGUAAGCACCCUGGUAAACCCUCACGCUGACCUGUGCUGAUGCUUACAAAUUGAGCAUAGGAUUGUACCUUUAGAUGCUUAAAUUACACCACCACAGAGAAGUUAAGCCUAUCAAUAGCUACCAGUCGUGAUGCUUAUAUGCUACCUGCAGAACCAGAGGCAGGAGGCCUCUGAAUACCAAUUACUGUGGAAUGAUAGCAAGAGGAACUGGAUGCAAGAAACUGGAUGCCAGCUAUAGGCUUUAGGUCUGAUCCAGCAGAGUUCUUAUAUUUCUUAUUAUAUAUAAUGGAUGCUAAAGUGUUAGUGUACCAGGCAUGUAACAGUUAAGUUGUCUAUGAGAACAGCAAGAAACUAAACAACCAGUGCUGUGCUGAAGAACGGGCUAAUCUACCCAUCUGGCUAAUGGAAGGAUGACUGUUUCUGAGAUUAGGGAGCCUGCUGGGUUUUAAAGGCAGGUAGUUAAAAAAAGAGAGAGGAAAAGAUCAUUGAUAGAGUUUGGCUGUAGUUCUGUUACGGUAUAAUGCUGCUGGAGUUCUGCAUACGAUCUGGCUCUAAAGCAAAAUGCACAACUAAAUAAAAUAAUUUUACCAGUAUUUAAAGUUUAUGGAUCUAAUCUGCCCCUGUAGGGUUGCAUUAGGAAUUAAUAUUGUUCGAUUCUGUAGCUUUUAAAAAAUGUAACUUUCAUUGUGAACAUUUGCUUUCAAAUGGUAAUCUCAUAUACAAUUCAUUUUCUGUAUACAUGCACAAAAUUGCUAAAUUAAUUGCAUAGAUGUGUGGAGACUUUGUCCCUUCAUUGUGAAGGGACUUCUGUCACUCAGUUGGGCCAAACUCUAAAUCUAUCCACUGUAUGUUAGGGGGACAAUUUCUACACUCAUUGUGGUAAGUGGCUAUUGGUCUCCUCAAUGUAUGAUAUUAUAGAUGUCUAACUGUUUUGAAUAUAGAAUGACGAGGUCUAUAAUUUAAAAGGAGGGGAGGUACUCUUUGUGCUGCAAUUGUCAUUAACGGACAUUGGAUGCAGAAUUAAUUGCAGACUAUGAAUGAAAUCAAUUUGUUUUGAUACUAAUUGUGCUUUAGAUAUAACAUGAACUGAUCAUCAACAUAUAGUAUAUAGCAUGCAUCUAUCUAUGCAUUAUAUUAACUAACUCAAUAAGAAGGCAAAUGAUGCCUCUUGCAGUGUUCUUCUAUUAAAUAUAAGCUCCUUAUUUUUUCAUAUCAUGAUAUUAAGAAUAUCACAUUGGGUGCUAGCGCUAGAUUUGCCUCCCCCUUCAGAUUUUAAGAACUACUUCCAUCUUCUGUUCCUUUUUGUUUCAUCUUCCUCCCUUUCCAUGCACUCAGUCUAAACAAAGUGAUAACCAUUCAGUCUCACUUUAAGAAAAGAACAAAUUGCAGGAAAAGAACCCAUUUGGCUGCUUGUAUAAAAUGAUUCAUGGACAUAAAGCUCUAUGUAAUUUUGAUUUGAUAAGUGGAACAUUAUGGAAUGAUUGCUCACUUCUGACUAUCUCAGAGGAUUAAGCAUCACACCUGCUCUAUCUAUGUAAAUUCCAAUAGGACUGAGACUUUGAUGCACAGAAAGAGAUUACAGCUGUAUCAAACAUCCCCUCUUAGGCUGGCACCGAAGGGAGACUGAAGUUGGAAGCUUGCUUAUCGCUAGCCUUCCUUAUCUCUUGGGCUAAAGCUUGGCUUUAUUUCUUUCCCAGGCUGAAGAUGAAAUCCCUGCUGCAUUUCAAUAAUAAUAAUAACAAUAAUAGAAAUGAAACUAAGAUUUGAUAGUACUGUAAGUUCAGCUUUGAAUCAACCAGUGGUUUGUUGUUGUUUUUUAGGGGGGGAGGGUGAGUUACACAUUGAGUUAGGCACCCCUUUCAAAUAUGCCAGGUCACAAUCAAGAGAUUGUCUUUGACCCUUUAAAAGCUACCAACAAAGAACCUAUAGUUUCUGUUGCCCAUUCCUUUUCUGCUCCUCAUUAACCUCCCUUCCCUGGCUGCUGCAUCAGGCAGGCAGAAAAGGCAAAUUAAAGGACAAAGGAAGAUGAAGCAGGAUGGAGAAACCAGUGGGUGCAAGUCUUUUGCUUUAAUUGGUAGCUUUAAAGCAGGGGUGGGCAUGUUAGGAUAUUUCCGUUCCACCUUAAAAGGGAGCAGGCUUUGUGAGUCACAGUCUGCAUAUUUCCUGUUCACAGGAAGUUUAUGUUUUGUACAUUGCUUUCGUUUUCUCUCUCUGUGCCUGAACAUCGAAGCAGGCAGUCAUGUUUUUUUCUUUGUCCUGACCAACGCUGAAUAAAGUUGUAAAUAUGCUCUCCUGAGUGCAUCUUUCAUUGUGCGAACUCUGCUGAUAGAGCGUGCACGAGCUCUGGAAUGUGACAAGCUAUUUCUGAGGCUUCGUGUCGCUAAUUGACUGAUACUGCAUAUCUACGGGAGAUCGCUGGAUCGUCCGGCAUCGGCGUGGGGGCAUGAUGGACUUUGUCUCCCUGGCAGUAUCCCAACAACAGGUUUCGGGCCCAGAUUCACGGCACUUACAGGAGAGUAAGACUGCGACAGACUGCUGUGAGGUAUGUGGGAAAAAGCGAAAACAAAGGCUUUUCGUUGCCGCGGCAGAGUCUCUUUGAAGUCCGGCUGGCUAAUUGGACUGGGAGUCGAGCCAAACAGGCUUCAAGAUUUAUGAGCUGCCGAGAUAAGAAGUCUUUGAAGGAAAUAAGACUCACGGCUCAAGUAAAAACCUGGGAUGGAGUUUUUACAAGCCUCAGAUGCUGCUCAGUGCCCAAAGCUAAAUGGCCACAAUUAUGAGACUUGGGCAAGUUGCUGUGAGAGCUUGCUACGACAGUUUGGAGUGUGGCAUACUGUGUGUGAAGCCCCUCCUGUUCCUCUGACAGAUAGAUGGAGGGCCCAAGAUUCAAGGGCCAUAGACGUAAUAGUCUUAUCCGUCUCUCUGGAGGAUAUAUCAAUACUGGCUGGCAACACGACAGCACGUAAGAUGUGGAAUGCUUUGAAAGUAGCCCAUCUGCCGGUCAUCCCAGCCCAGAGUUUGACUGCAUCGGAGGUCCUGGCUGUUUCCCAGAAUGUGAGUGAAUGCAGGGAUGCCGAGGGCACCGGUUGCAAGCUGCAGGGGGAGCUGACUGUGAUGUCAUCCCAGGCAGCAUUCCAGCCUCCGGGGGAGCCAAGGAGUAGGCAACUGAGAGCUCUGUUUCUCAUGGGAGCCAAGGUCAUCCUCACAGAUACCGGAAGGCCAGAAGUAAACAGAGACAGAAGCCUGCAGAUGGCCAAAUGCAGAAGGGGGGUGGAAAGCCCAAGCCAGGGAAAAACAAGGCUUUGUUUGCUGGCACAGCUUCACCAAAGGCUAAAGACAAGUCUGAUGGCCAGGAGCAGGGGGGCAAGCAGCAGCCAAAGCCGGUGGAAGACAAGGUUUUGCUUGCUGGAAAAGCUGCUCCAAAGGCCAAAGCCAGAUUUGUUGUAGAUUCGGGAUGCACCUGCCAUCUGGCAAAAGAUAAACAUCUAUUUAUCUCCUUCACGCCCCAAGAUGGUGAGAUCCACCAGGCUGAUGGAAGGACGUUGCGAAUUGCAGGAGUUGGGACUGUGAAACUGGCAAGUCUGCACACUACCAUCAGAGAUGUACUUUAUGUUCCAGGUGCUGCAGACAAUUUGCUCAGUGUCCCACAGCUGACUGGGCGUGGCUUUGAGAUUUCCUUCAAGAGGAGCAUCUGUGUCAUCAGGAAAGGCAAAGAGGACAUUUUGCAUGCAAAGUUUAUGGAUGGUUUGUUCUGUAUAACUUAUGAUGACAAUGCUGUUGCUGUGUCUAAUGUUCAUAGAAUCAUAGAAUCAUAGAGUUGGAAGAGACCACAAGGGCCAUCGAGUCCAACCCCCUGCCAAGCAGGAAACACCAUCAGAGCACUCCUGACAUAUGGUUGUCAAGCCUCUGCUUAAAGACCUCCAAAGAAGGAGACUCCACCACACUCCUUGGCAGCAAAUUCCACUGUCAAACAGCUCUUACUGUCAGGAAGUUCUUCCUAAUGUUUAGGUGGAAUCUUCUUUCUUGUAGUUUGGAUCCAUUGCUCCGUGUCCGCUUCUCUGGAGCAGCAGAAAACAACCUUUCUCCCUCCUCUAUGUGACAUCCUUUUAUAUAUUUGAACAUGGCUAUCAUAUGACCCCUUAACCUUGUUGAUUCUUGUUGUGUUGCACAAACUAACAAAGUUCUUCAUGCAGGAUGCAUUCACGAGGCACACAGAAGGUUUGCUCACAUGUCUUGGCAGGCACUGGCCAAGAUGCCUGAGUUGGUUCAGGGUUUGAACAUCAAGCCCUGUAAUUUUCACAUGAAAUGUGUAUCUUGUGCAGAGAACAAGGUGAAGGUUGCUCCAAAAGGCAAGGAGUCUAGCAGGCAGGCCUCCAAACCCUACCAGCUAGUCCACGCAGACCUGGUUGGUCCACUUGUGCCCUCUUUGGGUGGAGCAAGGUACUUCAUGGUUGUAAUUGAUUCUUUUCCCAGGUACAUUCAUGUGUUUAUGCUCGAGCAGAAAUCGCAAGCGUUUCCUAGGUUCAAGGCAUUCUGUGCUUGGUUGGAGAAUGCUCACAGUAAACGUAUCGGCUGUCUCUUUACUGAUCGAGGCGGGGAGUUAACUUCUCAGCAGUUUGAAGCUUUCCUGACUGAGAAGGGAAUCCAGCGUGACCUCUCAACGCCUAGAUCGCCAUGGCAGAAUGGAGUUGCUGACCAGACAUUGCUUCAAGGCCUAAUAACCUUGUUGCAUGAUGCCAAUCUCCCUGAGAAGUAUUGGGGGGAGGCUUUGUCCAAGUUCGUUUAUUCCUAUAACAGGAGACUGUCAUCACCUAUUGGUUGUACUCCCUAUGAGAAGAUGUUUGGUAAGAAACCUUACGUCAAGCACAUGAGAAUCUUUGGUUCUGACAUGUGGGUACACACCCCACAGAGCAACAAGCUUGGGAAGCGUGGGGCACAUGGUUUGUUCAUGGGGUACGAAAAAGGUUCAUACAGGGUAUGGAUGACUGACUCUAAGUCCAUUAAGUUCACAAAGAGUGUUGAGUACAAUCCUAAGUGGGGGGAAAAUGUGGGAAUUUUCCAGAGUUACCCAGAGGAAGAUGAAGGUGAUGUGAAAAAAGCAGAUGAUGUUGAGGUAGAAGAGGAAGCUGAUGAUGAUGAUGAUGAUCAGAGUUCGGAUUCCAGCUCAGUGGGCGGCGCUGCUGCUGAUGUCAGCGACAGUGAUGACACAGCAGACUACUAGAGCGCAAAGGCCUCAGUCAGACCAUCUGACGCGUCUGACAAUGAACUGGAAGAACCACUGUUCACCAUUGGUCACUUUUCUCCUAAGAAAGAGGAGAUGAGUGAAGAAGACUUGCGUAUAGUACGCAGAUCUGAAAGGGCCACCAAAGGCAGACCUCCAAAGAGAUUUGCUGAUGAAUUUGCUAAGAUGGCAACUGCUGUUCUUAGUAGCUCAGAGAAGGUAUGGGAACCUUCAAGCUUCAAAGAGGUUCAGGAGUUAACCUCUAAAGAUGCUGAGCCUUGGCUUAAUGCCAUGAAGGCUGAAGUUGAUUCCUUGAAUAGGAACCAAACUUGGGAACUGGUACCGGUUGUCCCAGGAAUGAGACUGGUUGGCAGCAAAUGGGUCUUCAAGGCCAAGACAGACCAGAAUGGCAAGGUUGUCAGAGACAAAGCCAGAUUGGUUGCCAGAGGUUUUUCACAGGUACCAGGACAGGAUUACCACGAGACCUACUCACCCACCGUCAAGUAUGAGAGCAUUCGGCUGAUGCUCAAGAUUGCUGCAGAGGAGAAACUGCAUGUUUCCCAUCACGACAUUAAUACAGCUUUUUUGUACGGGGUUUUGGGGGAGGAGCUGUUUAUGCUUCCACCUGAUGGAAUGCAGAUACAGAAGGGAAUGGUCUGUAAACUUCGGAAAUCCUUAUAUGGUCUCAAGCAGAGUGCCACGUGUUGGAACACAAAACUCACUGAGACGUUGCUUUCUCUAGGUUUUCACCAGGGCAAAGCUGAUCCAUGUGUGUUUGUCAAGGUGGUGGGGCAAAACAAACUAUUGUUUAUGUUUUGUUGAUGAUCUUCUGAUGUUUUGGAAGAAUCAGGCUUUGUACCAAAGCACCCUAGCUCAGUUGAAGGAGCACUUUGACAUGAAGGAUCUAGGUGAGGUAUCCAACUAUCUUUCUCUGCAGGUGGAGAGGGACCAAGCAGGUAAUUUUCUGGUACACCAAACACAGAAAAUUGCUGGUGUAUUAACCAGGUUGAAUUUGGUUGAUGCAAACCCAGCAGACACACCGAUGGUGACAGGUUACCAGGUAGAUAGUACUGUUGAAGCGUUUUCUGACACUACGCUGUACAGAUGCAUUCUAGGCAAGUUGAAUUUCAUUGCUAAAUGUUCAAGACCUGACAUAGCUGUAAGCACUAACCUGCUUAGCAGACAUGCCAACAAUCCUACUGUUCAGGAUUGGAAAGCUCUGAAGCGCAUAGCCUGCUAUUUGAAAGGGACUUUGCACUACAGGCUGAGGUUCACCAGUCAGAAGACUGGAGGUCUUGAAAUCUUUGCAGAUGCUAGUUUUGGAAGUGACACCACGGAUGGUACAAGCACUUCUGGAGUAUGCUACAUGUACAACCACUGUCUGUUUGACUGGCUGUGCAGGAAGCAGACGACAGUAAGCCUAAGUUCCUGUGAAGCAGAACUCAAUGCUCUGUCAUUUUCACUCAUGGAUUGUGAAUGGUUGAUGCAACUGCUUAAGGACAUCAGAGUUUCUGUGAAAUGUCCUAUACAAGUGUAUCAAGACAAUAGAUCCUGUUUGGCUUUGCUGAACUCAGAGAGUUGCAAGCAAAGAACCAAGUACUUGCAGAUUAAGCUACAUCGUGCAAGAGAGUGUAUUCAGAAAGGACUCAUUCAGGUGUCCUACAUGGCAGGAAAUGAAAUUCCUGCUGAUCUGUUGUCUAAGGUAGUUAACAGAGAACAACUUAAGGUUUACGUACAGAGGUUGCAAUUGGGUUGAACCACAGGUACUACAGGUUACACGGAAAGGGGGAGGAUGUUAGGAUAUUUCCGUUCCACCUUAAAAGGGAGCAGGCUUUGUGAGUCACAGAGUCUGUGUAUUUCCUGUUCACAGGAAGUUUAUGUUUUGUACAUUGCUUUCGUUUUCUCUCUCUGUGCCUGAACAUCAAAGCAGGCAGUCAUGUUUUUUUCUUUGUUCUGACCAACGCUGAAUAAAGUUGUAAAUAUGCUCUCCUGAGUGCAUCUUUCGUUGUGCGAACUCUGCUGAUAGAGUGUGCACGAGCUCUGGCAAGCUAUUUCUGAGGCUUUGUGUCGCUAAUUGACUGAUACUGCAUAUCUACGGGAGAUCGAUGGGUCGUCCGGCAUCGGCAUGGGGGCAUGAUGGACUUUGUCUCCCUGGCAGUAUCCCAACAGGGCAACCUGUGGCUUCCAGAUGUUGUUGUAUUCAUAGGAACAUGGGAAGCUGCCUUCAGCCAAGUCAGACCAUUGGUCCAUCUAGCUCCGUACUGUCUACAUCAGGGCAGCCCAACUUUUCUUUCCAAGUGGACUGCAAGAAGACUUGGAACCCAUGGGCCACACACUACCUUGUCUGAGGGGGUGGUUUAAGACCAACAUUUGAUGCCCCCCACAGCUCUUGCACUUCCUUCCAAAAGUUAGAUAAGUGAGCCGUAGGGCUUUGGGAAGGAGGCGCAAUGCUCUGGCAGCAUCCUAGAGCUCUCUCAGCUCCUUCCCCAAAACUUGGAAAGCACUAAAUAGUCUUUGGGAAGGCAGUGCAAGGGCUGGAGAUCCCAAAUGUUGCCAAGGGCUGCCAAAAAAGGCCUUGAGGGCCACAAGUGGUUCUCAGGCCAUGUGUUGCAAAAAACCCUCCCCCUGAUCCACAUUGACUGGCAGUGGCUCUCCAGGGUUUCGGAUAGAGGACAUUCUAGCCCUUCCUGGUGAGGUCAGUGACUGAAUCUGGGACCUGAGCUGUGGCCCUUCUCCAACUCCAGUCAGUCCUAGCUGGCACAUUCAGUGACCAGGAAUGCUGUGGGCUAUAGUUCCUUCAAUAUCUGGAGGAGGAGGAGGAGGAGGAGGAGGAGGAGGAAGAUGCCCCCCAUCUGACUGGGUUGUUCCAGCCACUUUGGACUGCUCCAGGCAAAGUAUUAAAGGAACAAUAAAACCUCAAAACACAUCUUGAGUGUGACCUGACAAUCUUACUAACUUCCAUUCUCCACAAAUAAAGUUCAUUAAAUCAGGUUCAUGUAAACAGUCUGUAGAUGAACUGAUGCGCUGGACAAAAUAAACCUGUUGAAGGGCAAGGAAUCCCAUAAAUGGGCGAAAACAUAAACGUGAUCUGUGAACUGCCAAUUAGUGCCAAUAGCAGUUUUCCUUUUGUGGCAAACGAGCUUGGAGUGUGAUUUGCAGUAGAAUUUCAGUGUGGGGGGGAAAUGCUAAGCUCCAUCUCCCUGCAUGCUGCAGUUCUGAUUGCCCCCCGCCCCCAAACUGCUAUUUAGAUCCAUGAAAUCCAAUCAUAUAUUUCUUGAAAUGUUUAGCCUGGCAUUGAUGAUGGGUGGUUUGGUAGCUUCCUGUUGCUGUGGUUACUGUCAUUAGAACAAGAUGAACAUGUGAAACUGCCUCAAAUAGAGGAUGAUCAUUGGUCCAUCUAGUCCAGUGUUGUCUACUCUUAACUGAUGGAGGCUGUCUGGUCUCUUUCCCAGCUCUGAUAUGAGAGGUUUUUUAAUUUGGAAACUGAGUCUGGGAUGUGGUUAUGCAAAGCAGGUGUACUUCGUGUGAGACAACCAGCCUCAUAUAACCAACAGUCUUAACUCUAAUUAUUUUUUUUUAUAAGAUAUUUAUUAAGGUUUUCAGAAUAUUACAAGACAAAAAAAGAAAAAAAAAGAAAAAUACAAAAUAAAAACAGUUAAAAACAAUUCCUUCCUUCCGUUUCUUAGCCUUCAUUUGCUUAUUUCCAGAACCUCCUCACACCUCCCUUUUUUGUAUUCCAAUUCAGUUAUUAGUUCAACAAAUCCCUCCCCUCUUUAUGUAUCCUAAUCGUUAAUCAUAAAGUAUUUGUAAUUUUAAAUUUUUACCUAUUAAUAAACCAUUUUUUUUCAUAUUCCCUUAUAACAUUUCGGCUAAAGACCACUUAGUUUCUAUCCAACAUCAUUCUGACAUUCAUUAAUUUUGCAAUAUUUCUGUAAAUAGUCUUUAAACUUUUUCCAUUCUUCUUCCAUCGACUCUUCUCCCUGGUCUCGGAUUCUGCCAGUCAUUUCCGCCAAUUCCAUAUAGUCCAUCACCUUCAUCUGCCAUUCUUCCAAGGUGGGUAGAUCUUGUGUCUUCCAAUACUUUGCAAUGAGAAUUCUUGCUGCUGUAGUAGCAUACAUAAAAAAAGUUCUGUCCUUCUUUGGCACCAAUCAGCCGACUAUGCCCAGGAGAAAGGCCUCUGGUUUCUUCAAGAAGGUAUAUUUAAAUACCUUUUUCAAUUCGUUAUAUAUCAUCUCUCAGAAAGCCUUGAUCCUUGGGCACGUCCACCAAAGGUGAAAGAAUGUACCUUCAUUUUCUUUACAUUUCCAAAAUUUAUUAUCGGGCAAAUGGUAGAUUUUUGCAAGCUUGACUGGUGUCAUGUACCACCUGUAUAUCAUUUUCAUAAUAUUCUCUCUUAAGGCAUUACAUGCCGUAAAUUUCAUACCUGUGGUCCACAACUGUUCCCAGUCAGCAAACAUAAUAUUAUGUCCAAGAUCUUGUGCCCAUUUAAUCAUAGCAGAUUUCACCAUUUCAUCCUGAGUAUUCCAUUUCAACAGCAAGUUAUACAUUUUUGACAAAAUCUUAGUUUUGGGUUCUAACAGUUCUGUUUCCAAUUUUGAUUUUUCCACCUGGAAACCAAUUUUCUUAUCCAAAUUGUAUGCCUCCAUUAUCUGAUAAUAAUGAAGCCAGUCUCGCACUUUGUCUUUUAAUUUCUCAAAACUCUGCAAUUUCAGUUUGUCUCCUUCCUGUUCCAAAAUUUCCCAAUAUUUCGGCCAUUUGGCCUCCAUAUUGAGCCUUUUCUGAGCCUUUGCUUCCAUCGGUGACAACCACCUUGGGGUUUUGUUUUCAAGUAAGUCCUUAUAUCUUAUCCAGACAUUUAACAAUGCUUUCCUGACAAUAUGGUUUUUAAAUGCUUUAUGUGCUUUAACCUUGUCAUACCACAAAUAUGCAUGCCACCCAAAAACAUUAUUAAAACCUUCUAAGUCCAAAAUGUCUGUGUUCUCAAGAAGCAGCCAUUCUUUCAACCAGCAGAAUGCUGCUGAUUCAUAAUAAAGUUUAAGGUCUGGCAGGGCAAAUCCACCUCUAUCCUUUGCAUCGGUUAAUAUUUUAAAUUUUAUUCUGGGCUUCUUGCCCUGCCAGACAAAUCUAGAAAUGUCUCUCUGCCACUUCUUGAAACAGUCCAUCUUGUCCAAGAUUUGCAAUGAUUGAAACAGAAAUAACAUUCUUGGCAAUACAUUCAUCUUUAUAACAGCAAUUCGUCCUAACAAGGAAAGCUUCAGGUUUGACCAUAUCUCUAAAUCCUUUUUCACUUCUGACCAACAUUUCUCAUAAUUGUCUUUAAAUAGGUUUAAAUUCUUAGCAGUCAUGUUAACCCCCAAGUAUUUUACUUUCUUAACCAAUGUUAAACCUGUCUCCUUCUGAAACCUCUCUUUCUCAAUCGGUGUUAAAUUUUUCUCAAGCACCUUAGUUUUUAACUUGUUCAACUUAAAUCCUGCCACAUGACCAAAUUCCUGAAUCAAUUCUAAUACUCUUUAAGUACUAGAUUCUGGCUCCUGUAACGUCAAUACUAAAUCAUCUGCAAAAGCUUUCAAUUUGUACUGUUUAGCUCCGACCUGUAUACCUUUAAUCAGACGGUCCCUUCUGAUCAUAUUUAGCAAAACCUCCAGGACCGAAAUAAACAGCAAUGGGGAAAUUGGGCAGCCUUGUCGUGUCCCUUUCUCUAUCUUAAAUUCCUCUGUCACCACAUUGUUAACUAUUAGUUUGGCCUUUUGUUCUGAGUAAAUUGCACUUAUACCAUUUUCAAACCCUUGACCAACCCCCAUCCCCUGAAGAUUUUUCUUCAUGAAACUCCAAGAAAUAUUAUCAAAGGCUUUCCAGUCUUAACUCUAAUUAAUGCAUGAAGGAGUUAAUACCAUAGAGUAAGCUGUCCUGCCAGGCUUAGUGAGAUCACUUCCCCUCACCUUGGGAGGAACUAGGUAAUCAGGCCUAUCAUUCUUGCCCAGUCUACCUGAGAAACUUAGUGUAUGAAGAAGCUUGAGCUGAUUGCUCCAGCUCAGAGCGCAUGGCCCUCACAAGCCACUCUUGAGUUCCCAUACCAAUAGUUUAUUUCACCAAUUUGUACCUAAGCCAAGUUUUACUGCCUGUACAACUUUUUCUGAAUGCUGUAUGGAAAAGCACAUGAGUCAGACCUUCAGAGGGUUUGUAAGUAAACCAUUUUUAACUUACCAAUCGUGUGGUCUUUCUCUAUGCUCAGGGAAGAGGGAAACUUUGGAACUUAUUUUAAAGGGCAUAUUUUAAAAAUCUAACAGACUAUAUUUCCAUGCUUUACUUUGCUCCAUGUUUUGUGAUUUUAAAUCUCUGCUGAGGUUCUCUUGCCAAAGAGUACUUGCCCCAAACCUGGUUCUUGGCAUCCAGGAAUUCUCCUUUCUGUGCCAUAAUUUUCUCCUGUACCAACACUUCCACUGAGCUAGAGACCCUGCCAAAGAUGCAACCUCUUCUCUAACAGGUGGGAAGACUUCGGGAUUUGAAGUCACAACCCUAUAGCCCACCUGAUGAGAAAAAGUGUGAGGCUUAUAAAUCAAUGAGUCUUAAUGGACAAAAACCAGAUACUGGUAGUACAGAUAUAGGAAAGCUGUUCUUUGUGAUCACAUAUUCAGAAUAUCCCUAUAUUCAGUCAUAAACUAUGAAGAAUAGGAUGUCUUAAUUUCUCACCCCAACCCCGCAAAGGAAAGCCAUACAUAUGUGAAAACAGCAAAGAAUGUUAUAGAUGAGAGUCUAGUUCAUCAGUUGUAAGAUACAGCUGAUAAAGUGGACUCUGGACCCCAAAUGCUUAUGCCAUCAUAUAUUUCUAGUCUUUAAAAUGUCAGAUCUCUUUGUUGUAUUUGCUAACGUAGUCACCUUUCUGGGAAUAAAUAUAUAUGAUGAUACUUUGGGGAGAAAUACAAUUUUCGGUGUGUUGUGCCCUAGCAGUGAAAGUGCUGUAGAAAUGUUGGCUAUGAGAAAUAAAAUCUACUUGCAGCUUGCCAUAGUUAGCUCUGCCUUUUCACACUGCUUUGGCUUUCCCGUUGUUGCACAGACUGAAACCUUUUUAUCGUGGAAUUCCAGAUGGAUUCCAAUGCCAUCAAACUGCAAACUUAUCCAAAAUGGACAGAUACUCACUAUGCUGUUCAGCUGUAAUUGGCACUCUUGUGGACAGUCUCUGCAGGAAAUGGAAUCAGCAUGGCUGCAUACACUCUAAUCUGUCUUAAAGGGAAUAUAUUUUAUCCGUCCAGCUGCCUUUCUUUGUAGCGAUCCUUGUGGUGGGCAGCCACACUGAACUCAUUCUGCCUCUUCACUGGAUGAAUAGGACAACCAUUGUCCUUUUACCCCAUUUAGUUUUAGUGACUAUAAUUCGCAAUAUAAAGACACUUUAGCUCCAAAGCAUUCAUUAGCAUCUUAUUCCUUUAGCUAAAUCAAUUUUCGUCCAUUCUGGGCUUUCCAGUGUACCACUCUGCACUUAGUUUUGCAUUCUUUUAUUUUUUAAAUGUUCCUUUGUCCAUCCAAAAUCACAUGGAUCAAACCGGACAAUAGAGGCGAUGCAAACAACAUUACUUUCAGAACCCUUUGAUAUGAAUAACACAAUCAACACAUCCAACACAAAGAUAUUCCUCUCUGAACCCAGAAACACAAGUCCCUAAAACACAGGUCCUCGAUUGAUGCCACUUGAACAAGCCCAAACAAUUUUCUAUUUCUUUUCAAGGAAAUGGAAAUCGAAUGAAGCACAGCCUCUUGCUCAUCUCAUACCUUCUGUAUUCAAAGCUGUCAUUGUCUAGAAGAAUAUGUACAUCUAUAAAUACCUCCCCAAUUGUUGUUCUGUUGAAAUAGGCAAUGAAACUACAGAAUCAUUGAACUGUAUGUCACAAGGAUGCUUAAUCUGGAGCCUCAUUCUACAUGGACAUGCAACUGGUGUUAAGGAGUGGGGUGUGAAGUCCGUGUGGUCAGUAUGUUCAUAAAUCAAGGCAAAAUCUGCACAUUACAUGGAAAUGUGUUUGUUGCCAGCACAAAGGCUAGCUUCUCAGAGAAAAAUGAAUUUUGGAAAGGACCUGUUUUGAGUGAAAUGAUGGAUGACAAGGAGGGUGCUUGUUCCUUUCUCCACCAGCCUUUCAUCCCACUCAUAGAGUUUCCCCCACUGCUUACCCCCAAGAGUUUUGAAAAGCAAGAAAAUAAGCAUUUGGAUGAAAAAAGCAGGUUGGAGAUCUGGAGCAGGAAGAAAGCUCGUGUGGAAAGCGUUAAGUAGCCACUGUCUAUUCACUACCUUUUCUCUGCUAAAAAGUCCCUUCCAAACGUGCUUUUCUUCAGAAACAAUGGUCAUUGAGGCUGUUUUACAUGGAUUUGCAUGACAUAUGUAACUUACUCUUUAAGCGAAACUAGAGUGCACUUUUUUUGUUAUGAAAAUAGAAGUCAUAGGGAAGCCUGAGCAGCCUGGCAGGGUAAGGUUGGGGUGGUAGGGAGAGGGAAAGUUUACUUAUUUCGCUUGUAUGGUGUUGAUAAAAUCACCCCUCCAAAGCUGCUGUUUUCAUUUCUAAGGGGAGCCUCCAUUUUGGUGCCAAUGCAAACUAUCCUUAAGAUUCAGACAGCAGCUUCAGGAAAGCAAUAUUAUAUUUUGUACAUUGCCUUGAGAUACAUAUGUGGCAGGUCAUUAAUAAUAAUAGAGGGUGAAAUUCAGCGUCACGCUAAGACCAGCGUUCCAUCUGCACAAGCUUAUCAGUUUGCCAGGUGGAACGAUCCUCUUUCCCUCCACAGUGUUCUGCAGGUUCUCAUGAUACCUCCCUUGCACAGGUCUUGCACAGAUGGGGCUCAUUAGGUCAGUCCUGCUCAUUUUGUUUUUGCCAGGACCAGUGCAGGGAGAGAAAGAGUUAACCCCCCCCUUCUCUGCCCAGCCCUGAAGCUGGUCAUGCUUCCCCAGCUAUUUACACAGCUAAAAACCUAUGUACAUUAAUUUCCUUUACAAAAUUAAUGUCACACCUCAUUUGGCCCUGAGUCUCCCAUUCUAUAAGCAGAAUAAAAAGUUCUUGCAAGAGGGUACCUGCAACUAGGAUUUGCAGCAUCUUAUACAGCACAGCUAUAGUAGACAGGAGCUAAGGUUUAGAUGGGAAGCUUCCUUCAAGUGUAUCUUUUGAGCACUCAGCUGGAAUGUGCUGGUAGCUGUUGGCUUGGACUUGGAGCUGAAUGAAACUUAAGUUUUGUAUCACAUAGUUAAAUAUGCAAAGAAUGGCUGCCUCCAAGUCAGAGAUCUUUAGUGUUGCUGUGGCAUUGUUUUCCCGCAAUUAGCUGGAAAUGGAAUUAAAAUAGAGGGUCCACGCAGUACUUAAUACAUUUCUGUAUUGUCAUCAGGCCUGGAGGCUAGCUUUGUGGCAGGCUGCAGCUGGGGUCUAAUUCUGACACUGGUAGGUAAGAAGCAAAUGAGUCAGAGGCAGGGGAUGUGAUCUCUGGCAGGCUGCAGCUAAGGUACGUUAUCAGCUAAGCUGGUUGUUUCAAAUCUACUUUCAGGAGUAGAAACAAAGGGCAGGGUUCAACUAAUCAGGCCCAUAAGCGGAAGAUGAGUGCAAAGAAUUCCACUUGUGCAAUGGGACUUCUCCCCUUCUCACCCCCCCAAAACUCCCCAAAUUAACUCUUGGGUCUUGGAGGUGGGAAGAUCCCCAGAACAAUGCUCUUUCUGUCUGGCAAACUGGAAUGCUUGCCCUGAUGGAACGAUCAGCACAGCACUUUGUUGAAUUCCUCCCAGAACUGUUUUUUGCAAUCAUUUGACUCUUAUUUUAAAAGAAUGCUUAUUUUCCCAUGUGUGCUUGAGCUGUUGUCAGGAGGAAUUAAAUGAUAAGAGCAAAUCCUCUUUAUUGAUGAUAUCUGAGCUUAAAUCACGUCAAUUCUUAUUUAUGUUUCAAAAACUGUGCUGCCUUGGCGUGGCAUCUUUAAUCUAGAGACUAAUGAUGUGGCUUGCGAAGGAGACACACACACACACACACACACACACACACACACUUUCUGGGUAAACUUUUCUGCAUAUGGCCAAUAGUAACAGAACAGCUGUCAUAUACCAACCACUUUAACUCCUCCCCCCGAUGAGUGCUUCUGUGUGCCAAGCCUUCAUUGCCUUUAUUUCACAUGCGGCCACAUGACCCAGAAGCUGUACGCCGGCUCCCUCGGCCAGUAAAGUGAGAUGAGCACUGCAACCCCAGAGUCAGCCACGACUGGACCUAAUGGUCAGGGGUCCCUUUACCUAUCAUUGAUGGAAAUGAUUACCAGCUGCAGAGAUCUCAGUGGCACCACCCUCUGGUGGUGGCUUCUGCAACAGUGGUGGCAGUGACUCCCAGGGCAACAACAGUAGCUGUCCCCCACAAUACUCAUGCCUAGUUUGGCGAUGAUAUCUCCCGAGGUGGCAGAACCUAUGCCAAAAAAUUGAAGUCACACCAAAGUAAUGCUUUGGUCCACUAUCUUGAGUCAAAAUGGCACCCAGCAUCUACACAGCACUGAAGUCCUCCAGCCCCACCUUGGGAAUCCUCAUGCUGAGGUUGGUGAUGAUAUCUAGUGGUGUCUGAACCUAUACCAGAAAAUGGGCAAAAGUCAAAUGAAAGUGACAUUUCAGUUUGUCCAUUUGAUUCAAAAUGCUGUCCAGCAUCCAUCUCGGGAACCCUCAUGCCAGGUUUCACGAUGAUAUCUCAAGAGGUGGCCAAAACUAUAGAGAAGAAGAGUUUGGAUUUGAUAUCCUGCUUUAUCACUACCUGAAGGAGUCUCAAAGUGGCUAACAUUCUCCUUUCCUUUCCUCCCCCACAACAAACACUCUGUGAGGUGAGUGGGGCUGAGAGACUUCAAAGAAGUGUGACUAGCCCAAGGUCACCCAGCAGCUGCAUGUGGAGGAGCAGAGAUGCAAACCUGGUUCACCAGGUUACGAGUCUACCUCUCUACACCACACUGGCUCAGAUAGACAGCUAGUCAGACUGACAAACCACUUACCAAAAUAUGUAUUAGGUGUGCUUGUGUAAACAACUUUGGGAAGCAUUGCAUUUUAAAAAUAUAUUUUUUCUUAAAUAAAAUAAGAAAAUACUUGGAAUUAAAGUAUUUUGCAUUUUUCAAAAAGCAAUUUAAUAGCAGUAGGUUCAGGGUAUUAUUGAAUGAAGAGCCCAACGUGAAUCACUAUUUAAUAUGACCUCAGCAAAACAAGAUGUCAUAUUGUGUGGUCCCAUAUGUUACUCAUACUUCUUUAAAAACAGAGAUAUUAGGUGAUUCAGAAUUUGCAAUAUGCUACAGAUAUAGCGAACAGGAAAAAUGUUAAUGAAGGAAAGCACUUUCUUUGGCCAAGUUUUGAAAACGACUUUCAUACUCAUGAGACAAAAAUGAAAUAAAAGAUCAUAUGAAACACAAAUAAGCUAAUUAACCUCUCUGAGCCACUCCAGAAGGAUACUGUGAUCAAUAUCAAAAGUCGCCAAAAAAAUUCUUUUUGCUGCUCCCCUAUAUCUGACAAACGAACCAGGGUGAUCAAGGCAGUUUCAGCACCACGACCUGGCCUGAAAACAGACUGAAAUGCAUCCAGAUAUUCAAUUUCCUCCAAGCAAACCUGAAUCUGGACCUUCACCACCAUCUUCAGCACCUUGCCCCAAAAGAGACCAUUAGCCAUUGGAUGAUAAUUGUUUAACAUUUGUAGGUCCAAGAAGGUCCACUUAAGGAGGAAUAACAAGAUAGCUAGCUGUUGGCAAUUUCCGCAUAAUUAUUGGCACAUUCUAGGAACUGAAUGUUAAAGCAAAGUAUCUGCUUUUGUGAAAGUUAGGAGUUAGGGCCAAACUAAGAAUGAUAUUAGUUGUAUGCAUGCAGGGCCCAUUUAAUGAACAGAAUGCAUUCGCCAGAAAUUGUUCGUUAGGUGAGUAUUCACAUAACGAGUCCAUGAUUUAAAUUAUUUCUUAUGGAAAUAUUUCUAAUGUGGGAUUUGUCCAAUCUCUCCCCCAACCUCCAAAGGGGAAAAAACUGAUUUAUCCGAUCUCUCCUGCUCCCUGAUUCAUCUGAUGUCACUCCCCCUCCACUCUGUGGUUUCUGCCCGAAAAGGGCUGCUACCGACCAGCAAGGCACAAGCAAACAAGGAAGGAAGAAAGUUGACUGUCCAGAUAUCUGAAUCUGCAGAGCAUGCUGCAAGAUUUAUUUAAUUCUUUAUGUGCGGAUAAGUGGAUUUUUAUGAUAGUGAGGAUGUGGAUAGCGGGGCCUGAGUGUAUGAGGGGAAGCUGAAUCACUUGCUGCGUGUGAUACCAGUGAAAACUCUCCCAUCUGCCAUUAUCCCCUGGAAGUGAGCUCACAUAAGUGCCAGGAGCUUCUUAGGAUUAAAAGACCCUUGGGAGUGAUUUUCAUCAAAAUCACUGUAGGGGGCAAGAAUGAAACCCCCACCAAACACCAUUGCUCUGAUCCAGUUUGCCCGCCCCCAGCACCUAUUUAAACGGGGGGGGGGGGCGCGAUGUUCAGGUUAAUUAUCCUUACAUACAAUUAUCAUCUGUCAACAUCCUGUUCUAGGUCAAAUCGAAACUUCCAGGGGAGGCUGGGUUGGAGGAGUGUUACUUACUGAAUGGGCAGGGGUACACCCAAACGAAUAAAGUCAAGAUAAGCUGUUCAGAAUCGCAACAGGCAAGGAAGGCAAAGCACAGCCUGUCAGGACCCUGGACAGAUCAUUGUGGGAGAAACUGGCUGGAAUUCGCCUAAGAAGAGCUGUUGUAUGAGCAGCAUGAAGGCCUGUCUGGCCUGGGCCAGCUGUUAACCUCAUUCCCUUUGGGAGCUAUCUGUGGUCCUUAAAGGGCCAGUGCAUGAUUCUUCAGCCACUGAGUCUUAAAGCACAGGUACAGCAGUGUACACUCCAUUGGAGUUGUCCUCUGAGUCUGAAGGGUCAAUAAUACCACAUCCUCCGAUCUGGAAAGUCUUGGAGUGGAGGAUGACGGUUCUCUAGGCAAUUCCUCCUCCCCUUCUAAGUCUUCCUCAAAGCCAGGUAGAGGAUAGAGGCCAGAAAACCUAACAUAUUUUGGCCCGUAAUAUGUCCACUCAGGUUGCUGGGGUACAUUCUUUGGAGCAUUGCUCUCUGAAGCUAGAUUUGAUUCUCACAUUGUUUGUUAAGAACACUGAGAUUAAUAGUCAUGUAGAAAAGGUAGUGAAAGUGUGGCUGCAUAAAAAUACAUAUUGAUCUGAACACACACUUCAGGAAGCUGACACGAGUAUUAAUAUUUGGAAUAUGUAUCUGGGUGGGCAGAACACACCUCCCAAUAGAUCACUCCAGUUUGUCUACGUGUAAGAAUCUUCAUGUACAAAAGCACAGAGUAAAAUAAUGAGAAAAGCCUUUUAAAGAUAAAAAUGCCUCAGUAUCACCAAGAGCUAAUGACAUGACCAGUUAGCCUCUGAAGCUAGAAUGGGGAACCUGUGGCACUCCAGUUUUGGGGUUUAUUAUUUUUCUGCUGGACUACAGUUCCCAUAUUUGGCCAUGCUUGCUAGGGCUGAUGGGAAUUGAAGUCCAACAACAUCUGGAGGGCCACAGGCUCUCCAUCCCUAUUCUAUGGCACUAACACACAUUAGAUCUUUUUGCUGCUACUGAGUGACACAGUUGCUCUUCUGGUUUGUCUGUGGGAUGAAAGUACCUGGGACCUGGGAAGGUGUCCAUGGUUUUGAUCUCUCAGAUAUGGAAGUUCAAACAACUGCCAUACUCACAUUUUUGUACAACAAAUUCAUGCCUAGUGGCCUGACUAUGCACAGAUGACACAAGUGCCAGUUGUCUUGGAGAUAAUCUGGAUUGAAUCUAUUAUAAUUGAAAGGAUGGAUUUUCUCCAUAGGAGAGGAUAAAUUAAUGGUGGGGGGACGGGACCUGUUUGCAAGUAAUGUAAUUUCAGUGUUUGAAAAAUUUCUUUUGCAGAUAAUCGCAUUUGAUGAGUUAAAGACAGACUUCAAGAGCCCUAUAGAUCAGUGCAACCCAGCGCAUGCGGUGAGUUCUGUUCUGUUAUUUUAUAGUAAUUUAGUUUUGAUAGUAAUGCUAAACUGUCAACAAAAAUAUGGAUUUGACUCAGGAUUGCCUAAAAGUGAAAUUUAUUUUAAUAUGUAAACAGGGUGAGUCUUGAUAUAAUUAUUUCUGAUUCAGAAAUGAGGGGUGUUGGAAUGGAAAAAGGCACAUACCAAGGGUUGACUCACAUAACUGAAAAUCAGCUGUGCUUUUGAAGGGCAAAGUCAACAUGCAUUACAUAUAGCUUGUCAUGUGGCGAAGUGGUCAGUUGAUCAUCUGGCCAUUCUCAUCGUAUGGACAUGUUGACUCCCUGUGGGUAAUUAUAUGAGUGAAAAUACAUUUUAUUGCAUUGCUUAUAGAGAGAUUGUUGCUCCAUUGCUCCACCAUAAUGGCUGUGACAAAACUACGGUACCCCAUCCCCAGAAAUCCUGACAAUGGGCCUAAUGAGAGGUUAGAGGAUGGUUUCCCACUAUGUGAAUGAGCCUUGGCCUCACAUGCUCCUCUUUCCCUCUCCUACUGCAUGCCAGAAGAGGAUAUCAAAAGCAUCCUCUUGAGUUUUAAACAAACCACAGUGCUCUGUUUUAUGUUCAGAGUCGAUGAAUUUGUUUUGUUUAAACUUGAAUUAAUGAACAAGCCUAGAUCAGAAACAGUGGCUUAAUCCUGACUUGUGUGAGCUUUUACAGAUUUUAAAGAAACCACAUCUCCACGUUGGGACCUAACCAGAGACUACCGGUUUGUUUAAAAGUGGAAAGAGAUGCUUCCAAUUUCCUCUGGAGCAUAUGAGAAGAAGGGAGAGGAGGAGGGAGCAUGCAAGCUUGAGACUUGCCAUGGCUUAUUUACAAAGCGGGGAAUCUACAUUUUCCAUAACAUCUGAAACAGCUGUAUGUGAAGGCAAAGCGGUGAAGAUUGUGGAUAUAUGAAGUUUCCUCACAUCAAGUUCGGCUAUGGACUGUUUAUCCCAGCACUGACUGGUGGCAGCUCCAAAGGUUUCAGGAAUAGCAUCUCUCCAAAAGAUAGGCUUGAAAAACAGCUAUUUGAGCCUAUGGCCCAUAGUUAAAUGACUAAAAGACCGAUUGUAGAUGCUGCGCUGCUUAAGUCUGUUAACCUUUAAUAACUACCCUGUUAUUUCCAAAGGGAAUGUAGAAUUUAAAUUCCCCUUGAUGCCUGGCUGUAGCCAGCGCCUCAUCCUAGGGAAUCAUUUCCCCUUUUAAGGAUUUCAAGCUCUACAGCAGAGAAGUUAUCUCCUUCCAAAGCUGCAUGACUGUGUAUGCUUGCCACUCAUGACUGCUGUAGGAAUUCAUGUCCAUUUUUGCCUAGAGAAGCAGAUCGAAGUCUCACAGUGUAAGAGGGAGAUAGCCACUGUAGUAAAUCAAAUUAAACUUGCUUAUGAGGUGAGAGAAUUUGUCUCUGAUGUAAUAGCUGAUAUAUUCCAUAGGUGAAAGGCACAGUAACCAUGUUUACCUAAAUAGAACCUGAAGGGAAGGCUGAGGGGUUUUCCCAAUGUCUUUGAAAACCAGUGAAGCAUGUUGAGCAGUGAAAUGAAUAAAUAAAACACACACAAGGCAAGUGGCAAUGUUUGCUUAACCAAGCUGAAAUGCCAAGCUUAAACUGGAAGACUAGAGAGGGCUUCCUUAAACUUUUUGGGCAAAGCUCAGGUCUGCCAAUGUUCAUCACCAUGGUUACACUUAAAGCAGCAAUUACUUGUUGGAUGUCUCUGGCCAUAAAGGAAAAAAAGUGUGUCUACACAGUGCUGACUCAGACACCCCUUGCCCUCACUGCCAUCAUGCACUACCCAUUUGUAAGGAUGUGGAUCCACUCAGUGGUGGUAACCUUUACACUGUUACCCUACAGAGGAAGCAACUUCUGCUACACCAUGGCAGAUGUAAUAAUGAACACAGACCUGAACUAAAGUGACUGAAUUUACUAAAUCUGAGGUUGAAUCUCCUUCCCGGUGUCAUCCAAAUUAUGUUGGUGGAUAAUGCAUUACAAUGGUUUGUAUCCAAGGAAGUCGUCCCAUUUGCACAAGGACUUCUGCAUGUGCAAUGGAAUCAAUAAAGCAAUCAUUUUAUUUGUCCCCUUCCUCUCUUCCACUACGCACUUCCCAAAUCUGUUCUGGAGAUUCCUCCAACCCUCUGGAGCACAUUUGGGGGAGCACGCAUGGGGAGAGGAAGGAAGAGGAAGUUCCACUGUGCAAGCAGAUAUCCUUGCAUGAAUGGGAUGACUUCUUUAGACACAACAUUACAUCUUGAAGUAGUGGGCACAGAUUUUAUUACCAUUAAUUAAUUAUUAAUGAAACUCUACCCAAGUCAAGCACUUUUCAGUCAUUACUGGGUUGAAGAGUCAACACAGGUAUAGCGUUGUCUUCAAGGAAACACCAAUUUACCAGCUUCUUUGCAUAAUGAGGAUGAACUGCAGUGGGGAGCUUUUUGUGCCCAAAGCUGCUCCCCAUGUGAUUGAGACUUCUAGAAAAUCAGAGUUUUCAACUGCAUAGGGAGCCUCCAUGGACACCAAUGCUCCUGAUUGCAGAAGUUAAUCCUCAUUGUGUCAAAAUAAUUUGUGUGACCUCAUGGGCAUUAACCCCAAUACAUGUGCAUUCCCUCUUCAUCACAGUACUGCUUGGGUUGAGUUUACUCCAUUUGGAGGUAGUUUCCUUGAUUCAUGAGUGUCUUAAAUUGUACCCUUUCACCCUUCCCUUUCUCUCUCUUUUCUUUGACAGAGAGAGCGAUUGAGAAAUAUUGAACGAAUCUGCUUUCUUUUGCGAAAGGUAGGAAUUAACCCACGUCGGCUGUGGGCUUUGGGCUGUUCAAAGGGAUCUGAGCCAUCGUAUCGGUGUUGCUAGAAAUAGCACUGGACCUUUCCUAAGGUUCCUCCUCCAGCAAGGAGGCGAUAAUGGCAGAAUGGAAAUUGAAACUGAUGUGACCUUUGAAGGAAGGAAGGAAGCUAAUUAGGAGGGACUUCCAAUCAGUCAAUAAUAUUCUAAAAAGAAAUGAACUUUUCAGAACAUCAUUGGCUUCACUUUAUUAGCCUCAUUUUUUUUUAAGGAAGCAGAUGACUUUAGGAGGCAUCAUUUGGAACCUGACAUACAACCUUAAAUCUUUGUUCCUACGCUUUUUUCUAUAACUAUGCAACAAUAAUCUGAUAAAUGGCAUACCUUUUAUUGUGAGCCUUUUAUUAUGAGUUUCAAACAUUUGAAAGGGAAAACUGAGCACUUCUUUUAAGGGUCUUGGAAAGGCAUUUGCUGCUUUCUCUUUACGUAACUUUUUGAGCAAUAAACGAUCUUCUGUUAAUUCUCUAGUGAGGUUACCUGCACAGUGGCUCUCACAGCAACCCCACAUCUUGAGUGCUUUGGAAAACAACAGUCUCACACUGGUGUUCCCGACAGCAAACUCAUUACAAGUGGAUAUCCUAUAUAUGCGAUUGCUCACCUUUAAACACCUUAAAUCAUGUCUGGAAUUGGCUGGCUCAGUCAGGUCCUUAAAUGUGCAUGACGUCAACAUAUUAUUCACUUGCUCCUGGAAACACUGCAGCUGUUCUACUUGUGUUCUUUGUUUUUGAGGGAAGGACAAUAGCUCACCAUAGAAGCACUGAGUUGGAAGAGACCCUGAGGAUCAUAUAUCCCAACUCCCUGCAAUACAGGAGUCUUUUUCCCAACGUAGGGGUCAAACCCAUGACCCUGAGGUUGAUUCUCAUGCUUACCAACCAAGCUAUCCCAGCUCACUGAUGGGAGCACUUGGAAUGAAGCUUUGCAUUCAAAAGGCCCCAGGGUGAAUCCUUGUUGUUUCUGGGUAUGGCUAGAAAAGAGGCCUAUCUGAAGCCCUGGAGAAACACUGUUAAUCUAUAUAGGCAGUGCUGAGCUUGAUGGAUCAGUGAUCUGUCUGAGUAUAAGGCAGCUUCCUAUCUUCUCUUUGCUCCGAGAUACUAACACUACUGCUGUCCUGGAAAUAGUUUCAUUGUGUUACUUGCUAAGUCAGCAUCCUUCUAGUUUCCAAGUCGUGCCCCAGUUUUUGUAAUGUAAAGCAACAGACAGUGGUAAUUUUAUUAAUAUAUGUGUGUUGCCUGGAGAUGUCUUGCCCACACUGGUAUUUAAUUUUUAUUGAGCCUAAGCAUCCUUGCUAACAGCAGAAGCAGUACCUUUCCGUUAAUUACAUCCUCCACAUAUCGCACACUCUAGGGAACAGGUUACUUUUCAUACUCUUAAAUUGUUUGUUAAUACAGUCCCCUUUUCCAGAGGUCUUCGGGGAAAUGCUGCUUUUAAUUGGGAUAUGUGCUGUAGGGAAAAAGAAAAACAAGAUAAUUCAACAGAAAGGCAGUACUCACGGCAGACAACUGCUCACAGUAGCUUUCUCUGGAUAGCAAUUCUGGGGUAUUCAAGGUUAGCGGCAGAGCUUUGGGGAGCAAUUAGAACACUAAACUAGUUUAUGAAUAAAGUAAAAUGUUGGGGAAGAUGGAUGCAAUUGUUAAGGCACGCUUCAGGUAUGCAGCCUCAUUAUUAUAUUGCUUUGUGUGGCCUUGGAUAGUGCAGUGUGUUGUGUGCAUUUUCUGCUUCCUAAAGCGUUCUCCUGAAAUAACUCACUUGAAUGAAAAACAAAAUCUGUUAGGCACUUUUCUUUUUUCAUUUUUUUUAAAGAGUUGGGCUAAUGAAAGAUUUCACCUUAAGGUCUUUUUGUGAAAAUGAUUGGUUCAAACCAUGACAAUUUUUAAAGUUUGUGGGACUAUUACUGUUGGUUUUGGUACAACUGGGCUCCAUGAUUAGAGCACAAACCACCUUAGGGUAGAACAUCAUCCAGUUGUUGGGCAGGAGCCAUCAGCUGAAGACCAAUGUUCUAUACAGCAACUACUGUACAACCUUUUACCCAGCUGUUUAAGGCUCUUCCUUCUAUAUUAAAAAUCUAGCAUCUUUGUCUGAAAGUGUAUUAGUGAUUUAUUUAAACAGUUAUAGGACCAAUCUACAUUACAUACUUAGAAAAUGCAUGCAGAAAAUUGUUAUGGCAGUCCUUAUUAGUUUGGUAUACAAAUUUUCUGUGAUGAGAGACCCCUAAAUGUACACUGCCCUGUUACUGGUUACUAGUAGGGAUGAGGGGGAGAAAACAAUUUAAGUUUGUAUUUAAAGGCAAAUUCACACUUAUUAAAACAAUAUUCAACCUGAAAUAAAGCUAUCCUUCAAAAUUUACAGUUAUCUGAAUUUUGCAAGGCUGUUCUCUGGUCAAGUAAUGUAUUCAAAAAUGUGUACAUUAAAGUGCGCAUAUAAAUGCAUAUAUUUGUGAAAAUAACAUACACAAAUGUAUUGUGUUAAGGGAAACUGCAUUUAAAAUAUUGUAUAGUUGGAGAAAUUCACAUGAAAAUGCUGAUGAAUAUUCAUGAGAACUUAAAAACAACCCCAAAAAAUAAUGGAAAACUGGAAAAUUAGAAACUGGGAGAAACUAUUUGACAUAUUCGCCCAUUCCUAGCGACUAGCAGGAUGGCUAUAUGCAGCUUGUCACUUGCUAAAAAUCAGCAAAGGGAGAAGGUUGUUGCCUUCAUGUCUUGCUUGUGGGCUUCCCAGAGGAAUCUUCUUGGCUUCUGGGGUCAACAGAAUGCUGGACUAGAUGGGCCUUUGCUUUUACGUUCUUAGAAAAUGAGCAGGUGAGCUGGUCUUAAAGCCACAAAUAGAAUUUAUAGUCCUUCCUUGAUUACCUCUGUAAAUCAUUGUUGAUUUACCUCUGUAAAUCAUUGUUGUUGCUGCUGACUUACUUAGGUCAACCUGCUUCUUAAUUUAGAAAGGGCUGAAUUGUAAAACUUCACUGACUAGUCACAUUGGAUGGCAAGAACUCCCGCAUAACUGACUGUACUGUUGAUGCUCACUUGGAGGCCAAGGUUCCCCAUGCUCUUUAUGUGUGUGGUUAGAUGGGACUAGCAAUGUAAGGACCCCUCCAGGUGUCUUUUGUAUUGCACAUUUAUUGUAUUGCACAUUUAUUGUGGUUUGUUCUUAUGGGGCAAUCACAGGCAAUCCCACUUUCAAUACUCUUUGUGCCUGCAAAAGUUUCCAGUCAGUGCAUAUCCUGUAACUUCCUGCUGAAAUGCCGCAACUUUUCAUAUCACAAAUAUUUGGGGUGUGUGUCCCCUACUUUUGUUGUUCUAUUGCCCUUCAGAUAGCAAUGAUGAGGUAGCUUCAGGGGACGCAUCGCAGAACAACUAAUGAAACUGAAUAAAGACACCUUUACUGCACUAAUGUGUCAGUAACAGGUUUCAGGAUAUACCUGCAGUUAUAAUACCAGUCUGGAAGGGUCCUAAUACUCAGUAUUCUUACUCAGAAGUAAUUCCUCCAGACUUCAGAGAGUUCUACUUCUGUGUAACUAUAUUUAUUCAAAAGUGCACCCAGUCCUAUUUGAAAGCCUCUGGGUUCGCAAUAUGUUUAGAAAUACACUGAAAAUACCAUAAAUUUAAAAAUAAUUGGGCAGGAAACUGAUCUGCUUAAUCUCAAAGACAAAGGCUUUGUCCCACCCUCUGCACAGGCUUUUGGGGGAAGGAGGGGAGGGAAACAUCCAUUGGACAAGCUUGCCUUCUACUCACACAAUAUUGGAUAUGAUCCUGUGCUUUUGACAAAUGCUCCUGUGCUUUCUUAUGAGGAAUGGUGGAUGGAGUUGCAUAUAUUUAGCCUGGAUAAGAGGAGACGGAGAGGAGUUAUGAUAGCCGUCUUCCAAUAUCUAAAGGGCUGUCACAUGGAAGAUGGAGCAAGCUUGUUUUCUUCUGCUUUGGAACGUAGGACUCGAACCAAUGGCUUCAAGUUGCAGGAAAAGAGAUUCCAACCAAACAUCAGGAAGAACUUUCUGACAGUAAGAGCAGUUCAACAGUGGAACGGUUUCUCUCAGGUGGUUGUGGACUCUCCUUCCUUGGAGGUUUUUAAGCAGAAGUUGAAUGACCAUCUGUCAUGGAUGCUUCAGCUGAGAUUCACGCAUUGCAGGGGGUUGGACUAGAUGACCCCCGUGGUCCCUCCCAACUCUCCCUAUUCUGUGAUUCUAUGUGGAACAAGUUUUCCUUGUGCUCCCAGUUUCACUCUUAUACCUGCCCUUAUCAGCUAGUAGAAAUGAAGCUAUUUGAAGUCCUGGCAGUAGGAAGAUGCAUUCUGGCAAUUUUACUGAACAGAGUGCAGGAGAUAUUCUUAGGUUUGAUGAAUUACCCCAUGACAAAAAACAUAAUGAGAACAGAAAAUGGCCCACCAUGGGUCCCCUCCAUUGACAGUGAUUGUAACAGAGAUGGAGUGAGUGCACUUUGCCUGCAACCAUUAGAGUCCAAAGAUGGCUGCCUUGUUAGCGGCUUUUCACUCCCUGCAAUCUUUCUUACAGCAGAUAAUGCUUUCCCCAUUCAGACCUCCUCUAUAUCAUGACACUGCUGAGUCUGACUCAUUGGAUGGGCCACAGGAAACCUGUAGAAGGCUCCUUCAACAGUGUGAUUAGUAGCAAAACCCACGUCAAGAGGCAACAGAGAUGAAUUGUGAAGACUUACUAGCACUUGUAAAAAUAAAAAAAAAGCAACCCUUUGCUGCGGUUCUUCAGGCAAUCGUUCAAUUCAUAUUUUAAUAGCUUAAAUGUCCUAUGAGACAAUGGCACAGAUAGCAUGGCCUGGCAAACUCUGCUUGAGACAAAGUGAGAGCUAUAUUUAGGGUUUCUAUUUAAGCCACUUGCUGUGCUGCUAACCAUGCAAGACUUGUAAAUAGUUCUAAUUUUUUUUUUUAUAAAAAAAGGAAGUUCAUGGGCAGUUAAAAAGAAACAAACCACCUUGAUUCUGUAUGUUUUAUAUUUUUGAUUAGAACAAGAAAACUAAAAGAGGCAGUUGCCCCCACAUUGUAUUAUCAGUUGCAAUAAACUAAAGUAAAACUGUAAGGAUGAUAAUAAGUUCACACAUAUAAAAUAGAGAUGGAUUCCUGGAGAAUACUAGAAAUUAAUAUUCCUUUUACUCAGUUACAAUACCACCUGUCUUCCAUCAUGGAACCUGAGGCAGCAGGUAUGUGGUUCCCAGGUGGUUCCCAUCCAGGCACUGACCAGACCUUGACCUGCUUAGCUGCAUCAUGCGUCCAGGCUGCCAGUAUGACAGUAAUAUUUGUCAGGUGGUGCAGGAUUUGACUAGAUGCCAUCUGCAUUUGCCAGAAAGGGAUACCAAGCAGUAAAGAUACCAAGCUUGUGGUGUGGUCAGGUUCUUAGAAAUCCUAGCUGCAUGAAUUAGUUGUCCUAAUCCUAUGGUACCUUGUGUUCAUGAUGGAUGGAGGGUUACACUUUCCAGUAUGCAGCAAUUUCCACUCUGGUGGCAGAGAGGAAACUGGAGAACAGGUACUCCUAAAGCACAUUUGUUGAUCUUCAGUGGAAAUGUUUGAUACGCUUUAAAAACUAAUUUAAAACGUAAUGCCGGUAAAGCAUCUUACGUUUCUUUCACAGCAAUUUUACAAAAUAAUAAUUAAGAAGGGUUAAACUGUAAAUUGUAAUAUAAUAUAUUGAUAUUAUAACAGAAACAAUAUAAGGAUAUAUUAUACUGAUGUUCAUUAUAAAGGAAAUAAAUGUACAUGUAAGAGCUCUGCCAAUGAUAUAAAUAUCAAUGUAAUUUUUACCCAUACCGUGGGCUCAUGGUUGACUUGCUCCAGGCAAACCACAAGCUAUAACCAAGAUUUGUUUGCGGCUUGUGGUUUGUCUGGAAGAAACAAACCAUGAACCUGGGUUCAGAAAAUACACUAAGCCACACAGCAGUAGGAACAAAGUGGCUGCAAUGUCUUCUUCGGGAUCCUGUGCUUACAUGCUCCAGCUAAGCCAUGGUUUGGUUUAGCAUAAUGUGCAAACUGACUAGUUGUAAGAAAUUUGCUCUAGUCUCCCAGCAACUACUUGAAUAUCCCAGAAUAGACAGACUGGUGGUGAAAGCACUACAGCACUGCAAAUAACUCAUCUUUUGCCCCACCCCUCCAGGUGCUAAAUGAAAUAUGAAAAUAGAGCAUAUCCCUGGAGUGUUGCUGUUCCAGGUGUGAGACCUGAAUACUGACAGCAAGUCUCUUAAUGAUGGCCCAGAUAAUAUCCCUUGUUUUCUUCCUGUAUUGUGAGUUCAUAUUUUGCUGUUUGGGUCUGUUUGCCCUAGAAAUAACUUGAGAACAUAUUGCAAGCUAUAGGAAGAUAAGCAGACAGUUUUUUAAGUGUUGGAAAGGUGUGCUUUUCUUUAAAAAAAAACUGCUCUGGGAAAAACACAACAGUUCAGCUAUAAGCAAAAGAACCAGAAUAUUUCUGCUUAGUUUCACUUCAGUUUUCUUCUUGGUUACACAUUUAAAGAGUGUGUGAAUGGUGUUCAAUUUAUGGUGCUUUCUUAAACUUUGAAAUUAUUAUUAUUAUCUGUAUACUUUCCUAUAGCCGCAGGUCUCAGGGUGCUUCACAACAUAAUAGCAUAUCACAGUGUAAUAACACAAAGAGCAUAUUGCUCUUUGCCUUCAUCAUCUUGUAAUAAGAAGCAAAUUGCCUCUGAAUAUGGAGGCUCCAUAUUCUUGUUGGCAGACCUAUCCUGGGCUAAUGGCUCUCACAACAGACAUAUCAAUAAGACAUUCAGACUCUGAUGAGAAGGGGAAAAUAUCAGAUUUUCAUGGUAAUAUAGCAUAGAUAAAGAAUGUUUGAGUACCUGUCCCAUAUGGGGUGCUUUUUGAUGAACUAGAAACAUCUAAGGAUACUGCCUUUACCCACUUACCAAGGAGUAAGCCCUAUUGGACUCAAUGGAAGUUACUUUUGAGUAGACAUGCAUACAGUUGCUUGUAAAUCAAUUAAAAAUUGCUUUCAAGCUCAUCUUGAGGGCCAUGAGGGCUAGCAACCUACUUCUCUUAAAAUGAAAAACGAGAUUCCCGGAAAACUUAAGUUCUGUGAGUUUUGCUCUUUACUGUACUGGUCUAGAACAUGUACUGUCCUGGCUGUAAGCAAAAAUGUAAUCCAAUAAACGGGAACAAUUAUAGCAAGCUGAAGCAUCUUGCCUCCAUUACAGUGCAACCCUAUACAAGCCUACUCAAAAGUAAGCCCCAAUGAUUUCAUUGGGAAUGACUCUCAGGUUAGUGUGCAUAGAUUUGCAGCCUUAGUCAGAAAGAGAUGAGCUUGAAUUUUUACCAAGAAGGCAGAAUGAAGUCUUGUUGCUUAUUGAGAAAGUUGGACUAGAUGCCCCUUGAGACACUUCCAGAUUGCCUGUGAUUCUGGGUGAACUCUGAACUCAAGUCCUGAAGACAAGUUCUAUUAAGGCAUUGUUUCUGUUCCUAACAUUUUUAUCACCGAGAACAAAAAUUCUAUUUGGGCUAAAAAUACACUGAGUACAAAACUUCUAGCUGGUUCAUGGAAAUCCUUUCCCCUUUAUUCUUUCAUGAAUCAUUUAUUUUUGGACUAUUUCUGUAAAGUGUCCCUCACUUGUCAGAGGAGAAAUGGAGCAAUUUGCUGUUUAUGUAAACUGCAGAGCUGUUGCAAGCUUGCACGAGUCACUGAAAAGAGGUGUUCUCUCUCUUCCUGCCCCUAUGAUAUGGAUGAGGCCCAGAGGGCACCAACCUUUUCUGCAGUGGCUCUCCACUCAUGGAAUGCUCUUGCCAGAGAAACUCACCUGGCUCCUUCGUUACAUAUCUUUAGGUGCCAGGCAAAAACAUUCCUUUUCUGCCAGGCCUUUGGAUAAUCUAUGGCCUUUUAAACUGCGGACGGGGCGGACGGGAAGGUGUUGUCUUUGUCUGUUACGAUGGUAUGUAUUCUUGUGUUUUUAUAUUGUAAACUGCCCUGUGAUCUUUGGAUGAAGGGUGGUAUAAUAACAACAACAACAAAAACAACAACAACAAUAAUAAUAAUAAUGGUGGCAGACAGAGAGGCAGAGUGGAAUAAAGUGCUUUUGAAAGGUUUUGGAGAAAUCAGCUUACAUAGGCUUCUUCCAUAUCAUUUCCCUUGCAACCAGGUUGCUUUCUCAUGUCCAAAAAUUAAUCUCAUUGCCAGCAGAAAGUGUUUACAGUCGUACCUUGGUUCUUGAACGCCUUGUGAUUCAAACAUUUUGGCUCCCAAAGGCUGCAAACCCCGAAGUGAGUGUUCCAGUUUGCGAACGUUUUUUGGAAGUCAAACUUCUUGACACGGCUUCUGAUUGAGUGCAGGAAGCUCCUGCAGCCAAUCGGAAGCCACGCCUCGGUUUUUUAACGUUUUCGGAAGUCGAACGGACUUCUGGAACGGAUUCCGUUUGAGAACCAAGGUACGACUGUACUUCACAAUGUAUGAAUCAAGGUUCCUUUUGCCUUGAGUAUAUCCCUUGUGAAACAACAACAAGCAUCACCUUGGAGAAGACUUAGUGCUUCUCUGCACCUUUUCCAACAGGGUGUGGGCAGUGUGGUGCAAUAGAGCAAGUGAUAGACUAAGGCAGGUGGGGAACACUGGCCCUGGGGGCUGAAUGUGGCCCUCAAAGUCCCUCCAUUAAGCCAUUGACAAUCACCUGAGGCUACACCCACUACCAGUCCUGUUUCACCCCUUCCUUGAGUAUUUUUGCCUGGCUAGAAUGUGUUUUUGAUCUCCAAUGUAUGCCUCCUGCUUGCCUAGAUGGAGGAAACAGAGGAAUGUUUGAGUGUGUGUAGAAACUAGUCUACUGUACAUAGCUAACAAUUACAUGCAUUGCUCUAAACCAGUGGUUUUCAACCAGUGUGCCAUGGCACCCUGGGGUGCCUUGAAUGAUGGUCAGGGGUGCUGUGAGCAACACUGGCCUCUCUCCCUUUUUCCUUCCCUCCCUCCUCUGAUGCCCUCUCACGUCUCUGCCUCCCAAAGGUUUACAUGGCUGUUUGUUGCAGCAGCUCUGGCUACAAGCUCCCCAUGCGAAUGGUGCCUCUGGAGCUGGCCAGGGGGUGCUUCCCAGGCCCCUGUAGGGCAGUGUGAGGAGGCACCUCUCUUUGGGGCGAGGGGCGCAGCUCAGAGACCAGGGGGAGCAGCAGUGGCUGCCCAGAGGACACCCAAGGAGAGGGGAGAGGAGAGGAUGCAGAGGGAACACUCUACAAGGGAGGGUGUUUGAAAAGGGGUGAGGGGCUGCCGGCUCUGCAGGCAAGGGGUGACAUAACUGGGCUUCUGAGCCCCAUGGUGGUGGUGCAGAAAGAAUGUAGUUGGUCACUGUUAUGUACUGAAGUUGUCACCCUGGGCCAGCAGGGGAAUACUGUAGAUAGUUUUCACUCAGGUCCACAUAUGCAAAUAAGGAAUUGGAAGUGAAGUUCAGUGAUUGGAUAGUUACAGAAAGUUGUUACUGUUGCGUUGUAGGGGAGCUCUAUAUAAGCAGGCUGUCUGAACCCUUCAGUUCAGUUCAGUUCUGGCCUGUGAAUAAACAAGAGCUGUCUAAAGAAUCGCUGUGUCAUCUGAUAUGUUCACCCACAACUUAACAGUCACGGGAGCCAUGGACUCAAAAGGUUGAAAACCUCUGCUCUAAACACUUUUGCCUCUGGCCCCACCCACCAUUGCAAUGUGGCCAUUAAAAGGUUACCUAGAAGAGAAGGAGGCCCUCAAACGUACCUUGAAUUUGGUAAGGAGAGUUGCCCCCUCUCAAUUAGAAAUGGCAAAAUAAUAUACUGUAUAAUAAUUUCCAACAAGUUGGUUAGAGGUUGUUGAGAGCCUAUGGUACUUUCUGACAAGAGAUAGCGAGAAGGUGCUAGCGAUUUCCUGCGAAGUGGUAAUUUGUGAUAGUUCUUUACUGGCAAAAAUGUAAUUGUACCCUAUGCUGUUGUGGAGAGAAAAUGCAAUAAUGAUGGGAAUUGUUUCUUUUCAAAUAAUUUGACUGAUUCUCUGUACAACUAAAGAGAUAAAUAACGUAAUUACUUGUAAAUUACAUGCAUUAGAAAAGUUAACCUAGCUUGUGGCUCAUUAAAAAAAGUAUUAAAGACAUAUUUCAGGGAAGUUUGGUGCAAUCAUCAUCACUAUUAUCUAGUUUUAUAGCACUUACUUGGCAGUUGUGUGUCCUUGUGAACCUAGUUUGGUCCGAAGUUGAUGCAAAGAUGUCACAAUCUGCAAGCUUUAGUUCUUAGCAUCACAUCAAAGAGAUGGGUCUCAAACAGAUCACUUUCAACAGGGAAAUAGGCAUUAAUUAAAGCUAAGCUUAGUGGUAACUCUUUUGCUGCCUUGCAAGGAAUUAUGAUAUGACUACUCAGAUGGAAUGGAUUUCAGAUGUGGAACUGAAAAUCCAUCCUUUUUGUCUGUUCUGGACACUUAAUAUCUCCAUAUUUUAAGAAUAUAUUUUGAGGUGGUCCAGCAAGCUAGGAGCACCAUAGAGAGAAUGGGAGCAGCAGAGAUGGAAGUUCUGAGAUAUCUGUGAAGGACAGAGAACAGCUGUGAAGUGUGUAUGUGGGGGAUAGAAUGGAGAAAGACUUUGUACAGAAAGACUUUGGUAUGGAGCAGGCAUCCCUAAACUCGCCCUCCAACUGUUUUGGGACUACAAUUCCCACCAUCCCUGACCACUGGUCCUGUUAGCUAGGAAUGAUGGGAGUUGUUGUCCCAAAACAGCUGGAGGUCCGAGUUUGGGAAUGCCUGGUAUGGAGGAAUAUAAAGUAGAGGAAGGUAUCUGAAAGGUGGGGGUGCAGGGAGAUCUGUCUGGUAAAUAAACAGACAAAUUGGAAUAGCAGUAGAGGUGGUGCUGAUAGGUCAGUGCUACUGAAAGAGAAGAGGGAAUGAGAAAUAGGGCUGCAGUGCAAAAUUGUUGAAUGGUUUCUUUAAAUGUAAAGGUUCAUCACUGUUCCACCCGAUGUGUAUGUCUUUAAGGGGCCAGAGCAAGGGCCAGAGCAAAAUAACGAGACCCAGCUUUACAGCUGUGAAACAUAGCAGGUGCUGCUGAGUUGUACUGAUUAAGCUGUGUUGGCAAUUGGGUGUAGUAUAUAAGGAGCAGCACCUAGCUCUCCCAUUACCCUGGGGGAUGGGUUGGUGGUUGGGUCUGGUUUGUUGUUGAUGUAUUUAGUGUAAAAGGAGUUUUUGUUUUUCUUAUUAAAACCUUAUUUAUUUUUGAGUCCCUUUUUAAUGCAUGGUCUCCCCAGCAAGCUCUCUGCGCUACUAAACUGCAAAUAGCCAACAGCUGUAUGGAAAGAAAGGGUAACAUAGGAUUGCUGAUAUGUGUUCAUGCAAAUAGAGAAGGCAGAGGGAGAGAAAAGUGUGAGAGAUAACCAGGAGAAUUCAGAGGGGUAUAUAGUCGGGCAGAAAGGGAAGGGUGGGUGGAGUGGGGUAGAGCUGACGAUUCACUCCCUCAACACCCUCAUUGUUGCCCCUUACCUUGGUGGCGCAGGGUAGCAGCCAGGUCAGCGCCAUGUGCAUUCCUUCCAAUGCAUCCUCACAGCUGCAACCUUACUACCAACCUGCUCUGCCCUAUCCAGGUAAGCUAUAGUAAUGCAGGUAUCAGGAGGGCAGCUCUGUUGCUCUACCCCACUAUACCAGCCAUUACUAGAGCUAGAGCUGUAGCUAGAGCUAUCGAGCUAUAAAUAUAUUUGCUUGUCUAUUCAGAAGUAAAUCCCAUUGAGUUUAGUGGGUCACACUCAGUUAAGUACUUAACUGAAAUAUAGCUGUAUGCUGUGCUGUAAUACUGAAGUUCUUCUUUGUGGCUGUGAUUCAUCAAAGCAAUAGCGUUUCUUUAUGCAUGUAGCCAAGACCAUCCCAAAGGUAUGUGGCAUGGAUAGCAGUGGUUUGAAAACCUAUAUAAAAUAAACAAAACAAAUGCAAAAUAUUCCAAUUCCCAUUCAGCUUAGGCUCCCAAAAGCACCUCUCACAAAAAAAUUACACCGCUUCUAAAAAUGCUUAGGUUUGGCUUUGGCAAAUCUCUUUCAAAAUUUCUGUGUGGCAGACACCGAGUACCCCCCCCCCGGUACCAAUACUAGUUGAAUGCAAUGCCUGGGUACAAUUUUAAAUAAGUGCACUUCGUUGAUUUUAAAGGUUACUUAGGGACCUUAGUGGGAAGCCUUUCUUAACUAUAUAGCAGUUAAUAAACUUCAUGGAUAAAAAUCAGGUUCCAUGCCUUAAAUUCUGUCUGAAAAACAAAUCAGUGCUGAUGAUGGAGUACUAGUGCAAUAUGUUUCCAGGAACUAAUCCCCUAUUCAGUAGGUAGUUAAUACGUUUUUGUACCACACAUAGAGUAUUUAACUGGAAUAAUCCAUUUUGAAAAAAGGGUCCAGUGGAACUUGGAUCUGUUAUCUUGAAACUGCUGCCAAGAAUUGUCUGUGAAAGCCAUGUGUUCUUUUAAGCAUGCCCACCAUAUAUGGGGAAAGGGCCCUCUUUUCUUCAAUGGAUAUCCCAUCUCUUAACACUGAUAUACCGGUAGGUGAAGAUGGUCCACAUUUGUUUUUUAGUCUCUUUUUGCUGUGGUGGUUGUAGGUUUGUUUUAACGGUGCACAUGCAAUGUUCCCAAGCAUUUUAAGGUCUACAACAUAAGAAAGGAGCUGCCACCAUGUGCAUCCCAGCUGGGUUCUUAUUCCAAUUCAGUGCACACAUUUUUAAAGUGCUGCUACUUGCUCGUAUCAUCCGGUUUCUUUUGCUUCCCCUUGCUUGCUCUAAACCUAUCCUGCUUGUGGUCUAUAGCUUGCAAUUAGCACCACUUAAUAGCUGUUAAAUAGGGUAAUUGGCUGUUAUCCUCACAGAGGUGUUCCUUUAGCAGCUGAUAUUUCUCAAUGAGCCCCAGCUAACAGUCGUUCAGCUCUAAGAGGAAACCCAAAGUGAAAUUCAAUUAUUUCCUUGCUCUGAAAAUCAUGGUUCCUUCCUGUCCUGUAAGGAUUUUUCAUGGGCUGGGGGAUAAAAUUUCACAUUAUCUGUUUUAGUAAGCAAUGUAGAACAAAUCACAGCAGAUCACAGAUUUCCACAGGGAUAUUUUGUAGACAUUUUCACUUUCCAGAAAGAGAUGAUGAAGACUUAAAAUGUCGUUCACUAAUUGGCUUGUCCUCCUGCAGUGUUACCAUAUGUGAGUAGAAAGAGUUGAAAUGCCAACUAAAAAAACAGCUGAGGAAAUUGAUGGUCCAUAGAUGGUCUGAGGGAGGUUAUUACUCAUUUUCUGCUGACUCUAAAGAUGGCAUUCACAUGCCUUCUUCAAGAUUGGUUCAAGAAGCGGGUCUGAGCCUUAUUGGGAAAGCUGGGUUUCAUUCUCUUGGGAUGUCAUGAUGGUAAUGACGGUAAAGAAGCUGGAUUUAUUUGCCACCAUCACUGCUAUAUGUUAGGUAUGAUUGUGUUUUCUUACCUGGGUUCAGUCAUACUCAGUACCAGAUAUGUGCCACUUGUGCUCCACUACUGACUCAGGCAUUGGCAAACUCAGCCCUCCAGAUGUUUUGGGACUACAACUCCCAUCAUCCCUGACUACUGGUCCUGUUAGCUAGGGAUGCUGGGAGUUGUAGUCCCAAAACAUCUGGAGGGCCAAGUUUGCCCAUGCCUGGUCUGACCUAUAUAAUUGUUCAGAGCUCACCUGGGAACCAAUCCUAAACUCAGUUCUCCACAGUUCUGCAAAAAGUUGUGAUUUGCUCAGUGGCAAACACCAGAUCAUUGCUAUGAUGUGCCACAUGUGUUGGACCCUGAGGUACUGCGUAUAUAAUCCUGAGCUUGACCAGAUAAAGUGGUUCAGUGUAGAUACUAAGUCAUCCAACACCACUGUGUGUGGCUUCUUCAAGACCACCUCUGCCAGCUCAGGUAGGAAUGUUGUUGCGCACCCUAACACAAACCCGUACUUGUUUGAAUGCCCACACCAUACCUCAGAUUUUCUGGCUUGGAGUGACAUACACUUACUUACUUACUUACUUACUUAUUUAUUUUAAAAAAUCCCUGCUCUUUCGUGCAGAUCUGGUUUAUCAGAAAACUUACAUUCUAAAAAUUAUCUUUUAGAAAAAAAGCUAUGCACACAGCUGAACAAAUACCUGUGUGUAUGCUCACAACAGACCUCAGGUUUUUGGAAUUUAUGGUGAGUGGGGAGGUACUAAUUAAGGGAAGGGAUGCUGUAGUCUAAACCACUAAGCCUCUUGGGCUUGCCAAUCAGAAGGUUGGGCGGAUUGAAUUUGCUCUGUCCCAGCUCCUGCCAACCUAGCAGUUUGAAAGCAUGCCAGUGCAAGUAGAUAAAUAGGUACUGUUGUGGUGGGAAGGUAAAUAGUGUUUCCGUGCACUCUGGUUUCUGUCACGGUGUUCCGUUGCCUUGAGUAUAUCCCUUGUGAAACAACAACAGGCAUCACCUUGGAGAAGACUUGGUGCUUCUCUGCACCUUUUCCAACAGGGAGUGGACAGUGUGGUAUAAUAGAGCAAGUGAUAGGCAGGUGGGGAACACUGGCCCUGGGGGCUGAAUGUGGCCUUCAGAGUCCUCCAUUAAGCCAUUGACAAUCACUGGUUUCUGUCACAGUGUUCCAUUGCGCCGGAAGCGGUUUAGUCCUGCUGGCCACAUGACCCGGAAAGCUGUCUGUGGACAAACGCCGGCUCCCAUGGCCUGAAAGUGAGAUGAGCGCCGCAACCCUGUAGUCACCUUUGACUGAACUUAACCAUCCAGGGAUCCUUUACUAAUUGAGGAGAGGGAACAACAACAUCCAGUGUGAAAAUAUCCCACUAACAUCACCCACUAGCAUGGAUAAGAAAUGUGGAAGUGUAUGGACACAGCCCUAGGCUUUGUUUGGUAUAAAUUUUCUUUGAAAGAACUUGCUUUGUAGGUACUAUUAACACUGCUGCGUCUGCCACCAUUAUGAUCACAUUGUGUCUAUUUUCUUUUCGUUGAGAGCAUCUUCAGUGUGUUAAAUCUUUCACAGAUGAUAAAUCAUGGCAGUUUCACAGUACAGGGUCCAGGCACUGGUAAUAACUUAUCACCACUGAACUUUCCUUUUCCUUUAUUGCAUAGUUACAACCUUCUCAGCAAGAAAGAUUAAUUGUGGUCACAGAUAAAAAGCGUUUAAAUGGUGGGCAUCUAUCAAAUGAAGUAACCCAACAUUUAAAGGUAUUAGCAGUGAUUGCAAUAGAUUUCAACAGAUGGACUCCCCCACCCUUAAGACAUCCUAUUAAGUUGUAUUUAACAUUCUAUUUUACUCAUUGCGAACUCUUCAGAAAAUGGCAGGAUGGAAAUAAAAUCAUAGUAUCAAAGAACACUAUACUACAAGAUAAUAAAAACAGUCAUUUGGAGAGAGUAUUUGACAUUGCGGGAUAUUAGAUCCCUGCCCCUUUAAACCACUUCCAUGGGCUGAUAUGCUGUAGGCAUGAUAAUAGUAAAAGAUGACCCUUUGAGGAAGAAAAGAGAAUUUGAAAAGUUAUUUCAUUAGAGGCCAUUUUAAAGGCUUUCUAGCUAGAUUACAUAAAAUUGUAUCAUUUUGUACACUGCUCAGUUUUAUUUGUGAGAAAGGCAACCCCCUAUUUACGUUGAGGUUGCGUUGCAAGGCACUGCGUGUUUAAGUGAAAUUGUUUCUAUUUGAAACACAAUUUUAAAAGCCUGUGAACAUCCAGUUCUGCCUCACCGCAUCCCACCCGUUUUGGUGCUGAUUUUGUGACUUCCAGGUUCAGCAUGUGAUGCCCAUGUGUGAGGUGCACAUACUGAACCCACAUAAAUGGGUUUUUCCCUGUAUAUAGGUUUGCUUUCGUCUGGCUUUUUUUGGUCUGAUGUGUUCAAGUCACUUCUGGGUUUGGCGCUUUGUGCGAUCGUGCAUCAAUCGGACACGUGUCAAUUGGUUUUUGCCUGUAUAAUGUUUGAAUUAGCUCUUAGAGGCAGGCUUCAGAGGUCUCUGAGAGAAAGAGGAGUCUGAAGAUUAACUUUUAAAAAUGCUCUUUAACGCCCUCACCAUUUGUCUGAUGUGUGGAAUAUACUACUGGAAGGCCACUUGGCCACUUGUGACAGACUGUAGGAUUUGCUACACACAACACUUCCAUGUGAGACUAAGUCAGGUCAUACAUUGUUUAUCCAAACAUUAAUGGUUGGCCAGCAGCCCAGGUUCCCUCAUGCUAAGUGCUUGUGUCUCAGACAUAAACUAAUGCUGUGCGCACUGCAAUGUAUGGAAAUCUAUCUUGACAUAACUGGGUAAGGGAUCAGGCCCUGUCAGGCCUGAGCUCUAGGCAGUGGUCUGAACUGAACCACGAGCCAAGAAUUGCACCAGGAGAUCAGAGUCAAGAGACACAGCCAGCAGCUGAGACCAGUGUGUAAACUGGGACCAAAAGACAAACCAGGAAGGAUUAAGGAUCCAAUCAGUAACUUUCCUGUUUGUCUACUCCACUACUGUUUUGUUUACCAUGUUCCCCUAUCUCUCCUAUCUAGUGAAACUAAUAAGGUAACCUUGCCGAUUUUCACCAAUGUCUGGUCCCUAGUAUCUGGUGAAAACUGAUAAAGUCAGGGGAAGUCAUUGACCUUUUCUUCAGCAUUUCCCCUACUCUGCUUCUUCGAAAGGGCCUGAAUAGUUGCACCAGCACAAGUAUAGAUAGUAAUACUUGAAUUUAACACAACAGUGAAACUAAUGAGGCAUCAAUAGAACGGACAAGGUUUUUUUCUAAUUUCACAGAGUUAAGAGAGGGUUGACAGUGAGGGAAAUAGCAGAUGAGAGCAGCUUGGAAAAGGAGAGGAAACUGGGUAACAUGCAACACAUGUUAAUUGUGGCCAUACACACUACAGCAGCACAAAUGGAUGCCUUCAUCUGCUCCAGCUGCAACAAAACAUGUCUCUCCUGCGUGGGCAACUGCCCAACAAUUUGUCUUCACCCCCAAAGGUACACUCUUCCAUUGCCUUUUUAGACAGACAGAUGCCAUCAACAUACACACAGAGAAUGAAUGAAUGUGUGCAUACAGAGAAAAUUUUAAAUGUGAAAAAAUGCUUACAACACAGGCAGGUUGGAGUGCAACUGCAAAUUCACUUUUACUAUCCAUUACUACAAUUGCCCAAUAGUUGAUUUCUGUCUUUCACAGGCAACAUGGGAAGAGGAUAUGGAACACAUUCUGCUUCAAAUCUAUUCCUUAGGCUCUGAUACAGACUUCCCACCCUAUAUCUAUUCUGUCUGUGGGCUAAAUACUUUUUCUGUCUACAGUGGUACCUCGGGUGAAGUACUUAAUUCGUUCCUGAGGUUCGUACUUAACCUGAAACUGUUCUUAACCUGAAGCACCACUUUAGCUAAUGAGGCCUCCUGCUGCUGCCACGCCGCCGGAGCACAAUUUCUGUUCUCAUCCUGAAGCAAAGUUCUUAACCUGAAGCACUAUUUCUGGGUUAGCGGAGUCUGUAACCUGAAGCGUAUGUAACCUGAAGCGUAUGUAACCUGAGGUACCACUGUAUAGGCUAAAUACUUAGUACUGAAUUUUAAGUCCCUCUGAUAGUCUUUUUAUUGCUAAAGGCUGUGGUAUAAAUGCCUCAAGUAAAUAAAUGCAAAGUUGGCAUACCAUGUACAUUAUGCUAGAAUUUUGCAACUAUAUUAUAGAUACCAGUUCUGCUUUGGAAUUUUGUUAAGGUCUCAAAAAGUAUUACUUUUUAUUGAGAAAAGGAGUAAUAUUUAAUUUCUGCCUUCUCCAGAUAUUCACCUCAUUCUUGUACAGGAGACUGUAAAUGGUGAAAACUUCCUAAUUAUUCAUUCUCAAGCACAUGCACACACCAAUGACUUGUCAGUCUCCCACACAAAGCACAGCAGAUAAUCUUGGAUUUUUCCCCCAGGUACUUUUCAAAUGGCUAAAUAACUUCUUAGUACAAGUAGAGGAAGGCGUAGGCUGGUUCCAGGAAGUCUCUUGCUCAGGAUCCCAAGAAUCAUUGUCUUUCAUCACCCAAAUAGGCCUUGGCAGAUGGUGUAGCAGAGUGUGAGAUUUGUAGGUGUGGCUCAUUUUCUGGCAAGGUGGUUUAAACAACAACAACUUAGAGUUAUUAUAUCCAACAACUGAAAAAUCCUUUCUGUUUUCUUUUCCCUAUUCCCAGCUAGUAUUGCCAGAAUAUUCGAUCCAUAGCCUUUUCUGUAUAAUGUUUCUGUGUGCUCAAGAAUGGCUGACCCUUGGCUUGAACAUUCCUCUGCUUUUCUAUCACUUCUGGAGGUAAGUCAUAUUCCUGUUUGGAAGUUCAUUGUUUCCCUUGCUGCAUCUGUCACUUCCAGAGAAGCUUAGAUAGGCUAGUUUUAGCCUUUUGGUUUUAGUAAUCCAGGAGGCUUUAAGGCAGACUGGAUUCUCCCAAUAUUUCCCCCUUUUCUCUCCUUUAGAACAAUAAUUACACAAACAGUCUUGUAAAAGGUAAAAAUUUGCCCACUCAGAGUACUUGUUGAAGAGUAACAGAUACAGCAGCUUUGUUCAGGCAGACUUAAAAUGGUAGUUCAAUUACAAAGACAUACUUAAGUCUAGCUUAAAAUGGAGUUUGAGCUUGGAGCUCAGACUUAGCAGAUGUUCUACAUUGGGGUAGGCAACCUAAGGCCCGGGGGCCAGAUGCAGCCCAAUUGCCUUCUCAAUCCAGCCCGCGGACGGUCCUGGAAUCAGCGUGUUUUUACGUGAGUAGAAUGUGUCCUUUUAUUUAAAAUGCAUCUCUGGGUUAAUUGUGGGGCUUAGGAAUUCGUUCAUCCCCCCCCCCAAAAAAAAUAUAGUCCGGCCCACCACAUGGUCUGAGGGACGGUGGACUGGCCCAUGGCUGAAAAAGGUUGCUGACCCCUGUUCUACAUUGUUGGCAGAGCAGAAAGAGGAAGAGAGCGUGGCCUGGCAGGCAGGAUAGCUACGCCCUUCCCGUGUCUCUCACAGAGUCCUCUCUAGCAAACUUCAGGAAAACUCUGUCAGCUUCAGCUCCUAUCAUGUGCCUAUCUAGCAAAACAUGAAUUGUUGGCUUGACUGCCUUUUAAAUAUCCCACAGCCCCUAGCUUCUCAUGACAAAUGGCUUGUGUAUAGGCUUUUCCUUCACCAGAUGUUUCCUUUUCUUUUUCAGGUAUUUCCACUGUCCAGCAGACAGUACGGAACUAGCAUAUGACCCUCCUGCAGUAAUGAAUGCAGACACCUUGAUCUACUGCCAAAGAGAGGCCUGGUGUAAACUAGCUUUCUAUCUCCUCUCGUUCUUCUACUAUCUUUACUGGUAAGCUUGGUCUCACUCCCCUCAAGGAGACUGGUAAAGACCUUAGAGGAAAUGUGGGCAAAUCUUGGUGCUCCAGAGGUUGUUUGAGUACAGCUCUCAUUGGCCAUCCUGGAGGCCCACAUCCCUGUCUUAGAGGGUGGAUCUGGGGGGGCACUGAUUUCCCCACACCUGCUUUAGAGGGUAGAGCGAUUGUGGGUGGACAGAGGCUAGGGAAGAUCUGUAGUUAUUGCAGCUAAGAACAACACUUAACAAAGAACAGGCAGGGUAAUAUUGUUUGCUGAGGCUUUCAGAUUCUUUGUGCAAACCUCUGAUACUCUAUUAAGGUGUAGCGCAACAAUAAAUGAGUAAUUAUUUUGUGUAGCAGUCUAUGCAUUUUAACAUUUUCUUCCUUCCUUGGUACAUCUUGUACCAAUUUCAGCUCCUAUUUUUGAGUCAUCGCAGAGUGACACGCACAGAGUUCUGUAAAACCACUGGGCACACCCAAGUUAUCAUAAUGGAAGGAAGCUAGCAAUUUUCAGGGUGUGUUUGUAAGUGAGGGAUUUCCAGUACUUUGAUUGAUAUAUAUAUAUAUAGAGAGAGAGAGAGAGAGACUGAUGGUAUGCUUCAGAAUGAGAGAUUCCCCCCCCCCCCAGCCGCAGAUAUGAGCUAAUGAAAGACCAUUAGAACAUGUGUUGGAUUAAAGCUCCUUCCCUGAGGCAGCAGUGACCUUGAUUUGCCCAAAUGUACAACUUCCUAGCCAAUUAUUAAUGAAGGUAUUAGUUCAUUUUCUUGGGCACAUUUAGGAUCUGGCCAAUGAAGCUUCAAAGUGCCAUAAAGGAGGUAGAGCAGUGUUUCUGAGGCUGCAUACACACUCCCAUUUAAUCUGCAUCCACCACUGGUUAGAGAAAUGUUUUGUUGUUUAGUCGUGUCCGACUCUUCUUGGACCAGAGCACGCUAGGCACUCCUGUCUUCCACUGCCUCCCGCUGUUUGAUCAAACUCAUUCUAGGAAAUGUUGUACACAUGGCCUUAGCCACAAUCUAUAUCUAUCCUGUAUCUGCCCUGCUUGCUUCUUAUGAAAUACUGCAUUUUGAUGCAUUUUCCCUCACCCAACUAGCUCUGAUCCAAAUUGAGAAAAAUAAUAACCUAGUUACAGUUUAAGAUGGCAACGUGUACACAGCCUAAGAAGCUGCUUUUGCCCCUUAAUCCAUUGCACUGCCGCAGCCCUACCUUAGUUGUGUGCCACCAGACUUAACACACUUCUUUUGUGAGCUGUUAAUACAUCAGGAUGUGUGCUCAUGCUUCAUUACCUGGAGAAAGCUACCAUGUAUAAAAGCAGCAAAACACUUUUCUGGCAACAAUACCUUUUAUAGAUUAUAUAAUCUGCCAUUAACCUCCGCAGACUGCUUAUAAGUAAAAUCAAUUUGGAAAGAGUACAGUGAAUAAAGUAAACUGCUGACUGCUCUGAAAUGGGGACAUAGGAGGGUGGUUGGCAAUGCAAGGAGGACCGAAUUCAAGGAACAGGAAGUGGAAUGGCAGAACACUGCCCAGAUUGCUAAUAGAUUGAGAGAAGAACCAUGUUACCUGUCAGUGAGGCUGAACCAGAGGUGAUGGCAACAGAUCCAUGUGUUCUAAACAUGUAUCUCCUCCAAGCAUAUAGAAAAUAGAGAGCACAAUCAGUUUUUAAACAGCAGGAGGAGUGAAUGGUUGCAGAGCACAGGUUCCUUCCCUCCCCUGCCACACAAUAAGUUAUUUUCCACCUCAACCAGGCUGGUGUCCCUUUUGAUGCUAAGACCAGACCCAUCUCCUACUGAAACGUUCCUCUUUGGACAUGUCUGA